AAAGGAUUGGAGCCUCAGCUUCAGGAUCUGUCCUUCCAGUGAGCACUCAGGGCUGAUUUCCUUCAGAAUGGAGAGGUUUGAUCUUCUUGCAGUCCAUGGGACUCUCAAGGGUCUCCUCCAGCACCAGAAUUCAAAAGCAUCCAUUCUUCAGCGAUCAGCCUUCUUUAUGGUCCAGCUCUCACUUCCAUACAUCACUGGGAAGCAACCUAGAUGGCUUUAAAAGAGGACUCUGCAAAGAGGAGGAGAGGGCUAUCAAUGGCUUCUCACUACAAUGGCUGCGCUCUUCCUCCACCAUUGGAGGCAGCGAUGCUUCUUAGUACCGGUUGCCGGAAACCGGAGAAGCAGAGACUGCUCUUGUGCUCAGAUCCUGCUUGCGAGUUUCCCAGGGGAGGCAUCUGGGUGACCACUGAGGAGGCUGGAUUAGGUGGAGCCCUCAGUUGCCCUUCUCUGCAUCCUCCUGUAUGCCAAGCCAGGAUGUGUGCCGGCAGUGUGUCAAUGCCCCUUGCUUGUCUGGGUUGAAGAUGGCAAAGUGCGUCUGUGUGUGUGUGUGUGUGUGUGUGUGUGUGUGUAGAGUCGUACCUUGGUUCUCAAACACCUUGUGACUCGGAACAUUUUGGCUCCCGAAUGCCGCAAACCCGGAAGUAAGUCUUCCAGUUUGUGAACUUUUUUCGGAAGCUGAACGGACUUACGGAACAGAUUCCUUUCGAGAACCAGGGUACGACUGUAUAAACCUCUGGAAUGUACCCUGCUGUUCAAAUAUAUGAAUCGCAUCCAUUGCUCCUCUCACUUUGCCCCUGGCCACACGCACUACUGGCGAGUGACUCACAUAAGGGUUGCCCUUGAAGGCAGGCAGCCCUCCGUCGGAAAAGGUUUCCUGGUGUGAAGAGUUAUCCUUCCUGGCUAGUCUUAGCCAUUCCCUCAAUUGCCCAGAGCUGGAUUGUGGUGCAAGGCUUUUAUCCCUGCCUAAUGCCUAAGGGACGCGGGUGGCGCUGUGGGUUAAACCACAGAGCCUAGGACUUGCCGAUCAGAAGGUUGGCGGUUCGAAUCCCCGCAACAGGGUGAGCGCCUGUUGCUCGGUCCCUGCUCCUGCCAACCUAGCAGUUCGAAAGCACAAAGUGCAAGUAGAUAAAUAGGUACCGCUCUGGCGGGAAGCUAAGCGGCAUUUCCGUGCGCUGCUCUGGUUCGCCAGAAGCGGCUUAGUCAUGCUGGCCACCUGACCCGGAAGCUGUAUGCCGGCUCCCUCGGCCAAUAAAGCAAGAUGAGCGCCGCAACCCCAGAGUCUGUCCCUUUACCUUUACCUUUAAUGCCUUUCCCAGGUCACCAGUGCAGGACCUGGAGGGAUGCAAAGGGAUGAAGCCGCUCUUAAGAGUUGCAGGCUGGACGUUCAGAAAGGCUGGAGCCAUUUGCAGGCACCUGGUUAAAACAUUCCCCACAUAACUUCGAGUCUACCCACCAAGUACCUGCUGCCCCUGCCCCCUGAACCAAGGGCCCAGUAACUUACCUUAAGAUAGAGCAGGGGAAUAUACAGAGGCAGAGUCUCCAAGCCCCACAGGCUCAUCUGCGCCCCCAUCCCUGCUGGAGAAGGGACUCUGGCAGGAUCUGUGGCAGGAAACCGGAGAGGAUGCAGAAUGGGUCCCUUUUGCUCCUGUUGCACAGUGAGCUAAGCCAGUGACUUGGUGUGUCAUUCAGACUGGGACUCACAUUUAAGCUUCCACACCAACGGCGAGAUACAGCUCAUAAGGAGAGAGGCUUGUCAGGAGGUCCUACACACGAGUAGGAGUCUGGCAAAGACACAUGCCCGACUGGCAUGUUCUCCCCCUCCUGAUUGGUCGUUCGGGAGAUUAAAAAACGUUUUCCAGUCUGAACAUCACAGCCUCAAAGGCAUCGGCACACUUCAGGAUCGGCAGAGUAUAGGCAGUCAGCGUUCAGACUCAGUAGCGCAGCAUUUUCUCUAAACUAUGUUUAUUUACAUAUAUACACUUGGAGCAUCGUAACUCAGCUACUCCUCCUUCAGCAUCAGACAGCAAAGAGAAAGAACAAAGGACAAAAGUCCUACAUCACGGAAACACAGUAAUAUAAACACCCUGUCUCCGUCACUUCCCACAAUGUGGAAUGAAAACAUACACCGUCAUGUGAUAAAAACAAUCCCAUGACUGCAACACGGGAAAUGAAUCCUAACAAGGCUAACCAAUAAUUCUGCUUCCUAUGGCAUGGUAAACCACACGUUGACUUAGCUCUGUAAGGCACAAGGCUAAGGAAGGUGGUGGAGGAGCAAAGUAGCUCUGGGUCCUCUGCAGGGUAGGAUAGGAUAGAAUAUAGAAUAUAGAAUAUAGAAUAUAGAAAUUAGCAGGGGCAAUCUAGCUCAACCCCCUGCAAUACAAGAAUCACAGCAAAAGAAUCACUGACAGAUGGACAUCCAACUGCUCUGUAAAAACCUCCAGUUGAAGGAUUCCACCACCUUCCCAGGGAGUCCCUUUCACCGUCAAACAGCUCUUGCCACCAAAAAGUUCUUCCUAAGGUUUAGCAGGACUCUCCUUGUCACUUGAACCUGUUGGUUUGGGUCCUACCCUCCAGGUCAGGAGAAAGCGAGCUUGCUCCAUCUUCCAGUUGAGCAGGGACCGAGCAACAGGAGCUCACCCUGUCGCGGGGAUUCGAACCGCCGACCUUCUGAUCGGCAAGCCCUAGGCUCUGUGGUUUAACCCACAGUGCCACCUGCGCCCCUAGAAACUACCUUACACUGUGUUUAAAACCAAAAUCGCAUUUGAAUAGAAACUGUUUCUCAGGUGGAGUUUCUCAGGCGGCUAGUCCUAGUCUUCCGGGUCAUGUGGCCAGCAUGACUAAGCCACUUCUGGCGAACCAGAGCAGCGCAUGGAAACGCCGUUUACCUUCCCGCCAGAGCGGUACCUAUUUAUCUACUUGCACUUCAUGCUUUUGAACUGCUGGGUUGGCAGGGACCCCCUUCAGAUAUUUGAAGACGGUUCUCACAUCUCCUUUCUCCAUCUUCUCUUCUCCAUGUUUGUGCGAUCCCUGUAAAGCCACAGUUUACUGUGUCGUGCGAACCCGGCCGCUGUCACUGUGGUUUGCAAAAGGGCAGCUCUAGUUUGCUCAUGGCGAAAGUGAGAUGCGGUCCAGCUCUGUUUCAGCUCCUGUUCCCAGGGAACGCACCAGAACAGCUCCCUUCCACCUUGUGCAUUGUCUGCAUGUUCUUUCCCGGGUCACGCUCCACCACACAUGAAAAGGAACAUGGAAAAGCUGUGCCAUGUGAAAAAAAAAUGCAGAAUGUGGCUUGGCAGCAGUUUAGUUUCUGUGGGCACUGGGUUGAGGUCUUUGUUUUUCGUACCUGCCUUGCCAGUGACGUGUUUUCCUCUCAGGCCUGCGGCUUUGAACAAGAUCCUCAUCGAGUGGUUGCAGGGCGUUCACAAGGAUGUGCCACUGCAGUCGAUGGCCAAGCUCUAAGCAGGACCCGGGCAGCAAACCUGGCUCAAGCGCUGGCGGUUGGCUUUGGGAAGAAGCCAUUGCGGAUGUGCUCUGAACGGUUGUGGGUGCUUUCGGAAACAAAAUGGAUUUUCACGUUGGUGGUGUGGAAAAAAAAUGUGUUACAGUGGUACCUUGGUUUUCGAACGUCUCCAUUGCCAAACGUUUCGGUUUUCAAAUGCCAUAAAUCCAGAAGUAAAUGCUUUGGUUUUCAAACACUUUUCGGAAGUCAAACAUGCCACCUGGCUUCCAUAUUGAGUUUUCUGCAUUGAGCUUUCUGUUCUUAGGCUUCCGUAUUGAGAUUUCAGUUUUCAAACAUUUCGGAACUCAAACGGUCUUCUGGAAGGGAUUACGUUCGAAAACCGAGGUACCGCUGUAUAAUGUAAUCCGUUCUUAACAACAGAAAAUGGACCAACAAUCAUGUUUUAAUAGCACAAAGCCCAAAACACCAGAAAUAGCCCCUUCCCCACAAGUUCUCAGCUCAUAUUGAUUCUGCUGAAAGUUCGUAAGUGAGAGAAUAAUUAUAUUUUUAAGAAAACUGUCCAAGAUAAUUCACCUGGCUUAAGAGUUUCGGGUCCAACACACCAUGGUUUAUUGGACUGAGAAUAAGCACUUCCUCCUCCUCCUCCUCCUCCUUGAAUCAAAGAAUUGUAGAGCUGGAAGAGACCCAAAGAACCAUCUAGUCCAACCCAGUCACCUACCUGAAGAGGAGGCCUGCUAGUUUGUUGGAGUACAGUUUCCCAAGGACAUGCAAGUCAGGAGCUUAUGGUUCUUAAGCAUGUCCUACAAAAAGGGGGGGAGGGGGCAAACCACAAUCAAACCAUGGCUUGCAAUCUGGGUCAGUCGGCAGCACUUAAACCACUGUUUACAGGUUCCAGCAUCAGAGGGAAACCGGCUUAACAAACCCAAGAUGGUGAUUGUUGUAGUGCAACAACAUUUGCAAGGCCACAGGUUCUCCACCCCUCCUGUAAGAUUUUGAAGAUUUGGUUGCAAUUGUGUAAGCCAAUAAUAAUAAUAAUAAUAAUAAUAAUAAUAAUAAUAAUUUAUUUGUACCCCACCCAUCUGGCUGUGUUUCCCCAGCCACUCUGGGCGGCUUCCACAAAGGCCAAAAAUACACUAAUAUGUCGUACAUUAAAAACUUCCCUGAAACCCCCAGAGCCAGAGAAUCUGUUCACGAAGAUUUCCACCAAGUGAGGGUGAGGUUUCUGUGCCCCACAUCUGUGCCCCUUGGCCUUAACUAGGAAAAUCAGGACAAAUCGUGGAGACUAGGGGAGAGUAUUAUGCAAAUUCUGUGCUCAGAAGUUGGCGUCAGGAUUCUAACACAGAGCUGUGCCUAACCGGAGGUCCCAGGAACUGAGGCUUGGGCCUUCCAUGUUCCAUGAAAAACAUGUGCCUUACUGCUGAACAAAAAACCCAGCCCUGCCUUAUGCGUCUGCAGCUUCAGAGUGCCUUAGGAAUCUCUUUACUGGGAUAGUGAAUUAUUGGCUUACGUUGAUUAGAGGAAAGGUUUCCUCUCUGCUGCUUUUAUUGCUGCAACAAUUACUUGUAGAAAAUCAGUAACUGGAAUAAAGAAAGAAGUUUACAAACUGUGUUUCCUCUUCCUAAUUUAUUUUAAUACAAUUUUCAUUAUUGCCAUUUCCAAAAAUCACAUUCACGUUCAAAUGUACAUUUCCACCAUUAAUAUCUUUCUUUUAAUAAAAACAUUCAACAACUUCCCUUCUUCCUUUAAUUUCCCCACCAUCCCUGCAUAUUUAUACAUAUCCAUUUAAAUAACUUUCUCGCCUUGUUCUUCAGGUUACAGACUCCGCUAACCCAGAAACAGUACCUCAGGUUAAGAAUUUUGCUUCAGGAUGAGAACAGAAAUCACGUGGCCACAGCGCAGCAGCAGCAGGAGGCCCCAUUAGCUAAAGUGGUGCUUCAGGUUAAGAACAAUUUCAGGUUAAGAAUGGACCUCCGGAACGAAUUAAGUACUUAACCAGAGGUACCACUGUAGAAGUCAAAGAAGAAACUGAGCCAGAAUCGACACACUCCUGAGCCUUCCGAGUUGGCGAUUCCGGCCCCAGUUUUGCAUUUUGCAAGCCAGCCUCCUGUCUGAGUUAGAUGGGGACAGGCAGGGCAUGAGGCCUGCCCCACAAUUUCACAGAGCGAUUGAAAGGGACAGUCCGGGUGGCAGCAGGCAGCCUUCCCCAUCCCUGAGUUUUCAGUUUAGAGAGGUCCUGCCUCGCCCUGUAGCCGGCCGAGGUGUUGGCAACCACUGAGCAGGGCAGAGGCGAUGCUGAUGGAACCCACAUCAUCAGUGGCAUUGCAAAAUGCGGCGUGAGGCUGGCAGCUUCACCCCUUCCGACUCCAGAGCGCCCUGUUCACACAUACGUGCUCGAAGAUUGGUUUUUGGUGGAAAGCGAGGAGCUGCCUCCAGGGCCUUCGCACUUUCAGAGCACUAAAGGCCGAAGUUUGCUAGUGCCGGACGUCACAUUGAACACAAUGCUUUUUCAGGGAGCGGCGAGCGAAGAGGCGUCAAAGGAAGCAGAUGUGUCAGUCGACCUCGCUCUUUAUAGACAAAGCACCAGGCUUUGUUGCAAGUUUAAAGUCCUAUAUGACCACCCUUAGUGAUGUAUGGAAGUGAGAGCUGGACCAUAAAGAAGGCUGAUCGCCGAAGAAUGGAUGCUUUUGAAUUCUGGUGCUGGAGGAGACUCUUGAGAGUCCCAUGGACUGCAAGAAGAUCAAACCUCUCCAUUCUGAAGGAAAUCAGCCCUGAGUGCUCACUGGAAGGACAGAUCCUGAAGCUGAGGCUCCAAGACUUUGGCCACCUCAUGAGAAGAGAAGACUCCCUGGAAAAGACCCUGAUGUUGGGAAAGAUGGAGGGCACAAGGAGAAGGGGACGACAGAGGAUGAGAUGGUUGGACGGUGUUCUCGAAGCUACCAGCAUGAGUUUGACUAAACUCCAGGAGGCAGUGGAAGACAGGAGUGCCUGGCGUCCUCUGAUCUAGGGGGUAACAAAGAGUCGGACACGACUAAACGACUAAACAACAACAACAUGACCACCCUUUUCAAAGCAUUGACAGCCUUUGCUGUGAGCCUUCUCCAUUUCCUUCCCUAAAUGCCCUACUCCAAAGGAGAAGAGGCGAGUAAAGAUAAGCUACUCAGCAUUAGACUGCAGGCAGGCAGGGAGUUUUAAAAAGCCCUCUCCUUUUAAAUCACAGUUCUGUUUCUCAUGAAAAAGGAAUUGAAUUAAAACUGAGAGACAAACUGCUCAGGAGCUAAUUCUCCCCGCCGCCGCAACUCCCCACCCCCCAGCCCGGCUGCCAAAGCUAUAAAGCGGUUGGUGGCAGGUUUAUGCAGACUAAAUCACGCCUGACAGAGCUGGUGGCCUUUUCUUUUUAUAGGAUUACACACAAAACGGGGCGCCGUAAGGUGGGAUUUAUUUGGGAGGGUGUGAACGAAAGCGUUUGAUACAGCAGUUAGAGGGAUCCGUCUUGGGGAAUGAAUUCAGAUUGACUUAGACCGAAGCACACAGCCUCCGAGGGGUGGGAAAGAAGCAGGAGACUUGGGGAUUUGGUUAGUGGGUCUGCUCCAUAGACAAAGCAGGUUGGGGCGAGAGUGUCACAAGAGUGCUCUGUCCACUUUCUCCAUGCUGUGCAUCAUUUUUGAACCUUCCUACCACGUCACCAGAUGCGGGUGGCGCUGUGGGUUAAACCAUAGAGCGUAGGACUUGCCGAUCGGAAGGUCAGCGGUUCGAAUCCCCCACUUCUCUAGGUCACAUUCCCUUCCAUCUCAUGCUAGGCCUUGACAGAGAAGAUAAUUUGAGCUCAUUUCCCUUUGUAAAUCUGACGUACAGCCAUCGACUUCACUGAGGCUGUGGUUUUCAAAUUUUAUAUCUGUGGGGAUGUGAUUGAAACAGAUGACAGCCCUUUUCCAUAAAAUUUGCCUUUUGCGCACUGGCCUGGGAUAGCCAUAAAAGAAAAAGAAAAAAAACCCCAGCUCUUUCAUCUGAUAUAUCUCAAAAGGCCUCGUCUCCAACAGUUCUCUCCUCUAUCUUUGUGGAGUUUAAAUAAGAUGGAGGGUAAUAAAUCUGAACUCAGUUCCUGGAAAAAUGGAGCAGUUUAAUGAGCCCCGGAAGCUGCUGUAAUGUCAUGCUGUAGCAUUGAUUCAGCCCGGGCUUUUCAUGGAGGAUAAGUCUGUCAAUGGCUAUUGGCCACAAUUACUAUGUCCAGUGAGCUUCUGAAUACCAGGUGCUGGGAAUCUCAAGUGCAGAAAGUUGCAGUUGACCUCAGGUGUGGCCAGUGUGAAAACAAGUGUGAGGUUCUGCACUUAAGCAGGAAUAAACAGAUCCACAAAUAUAAUAUGGGGAACACCUGGCUUACUAGCAGUACAUGUGAAAAGGACCUAGGGGUCUUGGUGGACCACAAGUCAACAGUGUGAUGUAGCAGCAAAAAAGACUAAUGCUAUUCUGGACUGUAUCAACAGAAGUAUAGUGUCUGGAUCUAGGGAAGUCACUGUUCUGCCCUGGUCAGACCCAACCUGGAAUACUGUGUCCGAUUCUGAUCACCACAAUUUAAGAAAGGAGGGCAACCAAGAUGAUCAAGGGUCUGGAAACCAAGCCUUAUGAGGAAUGGUUGAAGGAGCUGGGAAUGUUUAGCCUGGAAAAGAGACUGAAAGGAGAUAUGAGAGCCAUCUUCAGAUAUCUCAAGGGCUGUCCUAUGAAAGAUGCAGCAAGCUUGUUUUCUCCUGCUCUGGAGGAGAGGACCUGAGAGGGCUCUUCAAAACCUGGUUAACUCCACAUUCCAGCGAGCCACCAGGGAAUCUGCUGAGAGGCCAUCAACAUGGGAUAAGACAUCCCCUACGACUCUCUGGGAGCCAUUUGGAUCCUCUAAGUGGCAGGGGCAGACCAUUUGAAUUGGUCUCACCUCCCUGCGGACGGGAAGGGUCACAGAGAAGCCUAGCUGUACCAGGAAGUGAUCUGACCAUGGUACUUCGUUUCACUGGAAAAAGGUAAAGGUAAAGGUACCCCUGCCCGUACGGGCCAUUCGUGUCCAACUCUAGGGUUGUGCGCUCAUCUCACUCUAUAGGCCGAGAGCCAGCGCUGUCCGCAGACACUUCCGGGUCACGUGGCCAGCGUGACGAAGCUGCUCUGGCGAGCCUGCACCAGCGCAGCACACGGAAACGCCGUUUACCUUCCCGCUAUAAAGCGGUACCUAUUUAUCUACUUGCACUUAAGGGUGCUUUUGAACUGCUAGGUGGGCAGGAGCUGGGACCGAAGGACGGGAGCUCACCCCGCCGCGGGGAUUCAAACCGCCGACCAUACGAUUGGCAAGUGCUAGGCACUGAGGUUUUACCCACAGUGCCACCCGCGUCCCAUUCAUUUCACUGGAACUUAGUGUCAAAUCACCCACAUCCGUAGAGGUAAACACCAGGUCUAAGACAUGUCCACGGCUAUGUGUCAGGCCAAACUUAUUCAGGGACAGCCCCAUGGAGGCCAUGCUUUCUACGAAGUCCCAAGCAGCCCCAUGUAAGGUUGUGUCAUCAUGGAUGUUAGGACCACCAAACUAGGUGUCCCCAAGAGAACAUCUGCCAUGACCUGAAGCAGCUCGGGCAGGGAAUCCUUGGUGCAGCGGGGAGAUCGGUACACCCAAAAGAAUCCUGCACUGCCCCUAUUGCCCAACUUCCAGAACUUGCACUCAGAAAACUGGGUCUCCCCCAUAGGACACCUGGUGAAAUCUAAUUUUUCCUUUGUUACGGAAAAAUCUAGGUGCAAGGCUGCUCAGCCACCCAGCUGGUCGGGCAGAGCCCGCGGGUCCCUGCGGAAUAAAGGAAGGCGUCCAGCCACCAACCGGAGCAAAUAGCUGUAGACCAAAGUUUAUUGUGCAACAGGUUCAAAGAGGAAUUUUGAACCCCGAGGAUGGGGUGACAAGGACUUUUAAAAGUUUCUAUCUUAUCCCAGCAUACAGUUCAUUAAGCAUCAUCACUACAUCAUUGCUACAUCAGAAAAGGGGAGGGAUAUACAUGAUUAACAUAGGAGGAAAGUGUUGGGGCAACAGGCGGAUACAGGAAAUGCAUGGGGAAGUACAUUCUAAGCACUUACUACAAAGGGACAAUAGAACUUUGGUUUGCAUAGUCUGCCACCUGGGCAAGUCUGUCCGGAGGAGUGCCUUUGCCCAGCGAUUGACACCUAUGAGUACAGUGAGUACAGUGACCUCCCGCUUGAGGGAUUAUGGCGGGGACUGAGUGGUUUCCAAGUCCUUGGCCAAUGAAGCGAAUUGGCGGUGUGUAGGGAUGAUCGUGGGGUCCAGAGGGAGGACACUCCCCACACACAGGCAGCCUCAGUCUGCCUGCAUGCAUGACCUUGGGGUGCUGGGCACACUUCCCCCCACAGACAAGCCACAGCUGUCUGAACAUCAUUGCCUCUGUCUAACCUUUUGCGGUCUCAGUAGUCUGCUGUGCCCUGUCUGUAACCUUUGUCUCUGAGACCUUUUGUCUCCUUCGUCAUACACUGUGCAAGGGGGAAAUGACACGGUGGAAACAGGUGCCGAAAUAGCUUUGUACCACCCCACGACCUCAGGACUGGAAGAUGUGUAAAGGUCACAGCCCAAAAUGUAUCUGCCUGGGUUUGCAUAUUUGUGUCAAUAAAAGGAGGCUCCACAGGGCUGGCCGGCAACUUGCACACAGCUCACCUGUGCGCAGCUCACCUGCAUUAUCAACUCCUGCCUCAUGUCCAUCACUUCAGCGGUGGAAUGAAGGAAACUGGCAAAGGAGUUGAUUUUAUAUGAUUUUUAAAGCUAGGUAACUUCCCUGAGCUCUCAAGUUGAAAGGAUACAUUUAUGCAUAGUAUUUGUAACAUUUAACAACUUUAAAGAUGCCCCCCCCCGUAAUUUCCGUAACACCUUAAACCCCCACCCACAUGCCCUGGGUUGCUGUGCAUAAGAGAAACCUGGCAGACAAGUAGAGGCAAGAACAGGCCGAAUGUGUCCUUCGGCUCUGAUCUCCCUCUUGUUAGGUUUUUGGCAAGGUAAAUUCAUCCAAAUGCAGACCCUUCCUCCUCUGUUGCUAGGGAUAUCUUUGAGCCACUUUCCUCUCUGCCCUCAUUACAUUCCUGUUCGCUGUGGAUAUCCUUCGCCGGCCAACUGGGGCUCCAGGUUUAACAUAAUUAUUUUUCACUGAUGGGUGGGCAAGGAACAAAAGACUCUGAGCACGGGCGAAUGAUUGAAUCUGUCCGGUGAGAAUGCAGAAGAGUCCAUUAGACACCUGUUUGACUGGCUGUCAGCCAGAACCUCCUCAGAGCUAACCUGGAUGAUGGAAGCAGCCUGUGGGAAGCCAGGAGAUAACCUUGCUUUUGGCUUUUAAUCACAUUAGAAGCUAAUGCCGUGGCCCUGCAUGCUUUCCAUCUGUUUUACAAGGAGAGAAAAUUAAGCAAACAUGAUGGCGAGGAAAGGAUUGUCUGCCCUCCGGUCUGACACAGCAAGGUGUGAAGGAGGGGAGUGGGGGGGGAGAGCAGGAUGAAUUCUCUGCUCUGUGGAAGGGAAGGACUGACUGCAAUGCUGACUCCGCUUACCGGGGUGUUUUCUGCAGUCAUUAAUCCAGGACAAUUACUGCACCCCCUGAUUCCGCACUCGGGGUCACAAGCGUUCGCAGAAGUUUGUGCUGCAUGGAAAGGACAGCAGCGGUUGACAUUUGUGCCAUCCCGAUAUAGGAGGGAGGUUAAUCGGAAUCUACGUUGGAAGUUUUGGGACAGAGAAAAGGAAGGGCGUUUUCGCGCAGUGAAGUGUUAAUCUGUGGAACUCACAGCAGUGAUGGCCACCAGCGUGGAUGGCUUUGAAAGAGGGUUAGACAGAGUCAUGGAGGGGCAGAGGGCAAUCGGUGGUGUGAUAGGAAUCUUAGAUAUAUGUUAAAUGUUCAUAAAUGUACCAACCAAUCACGUACAUAGAUCAACACAGGAAGACCGACCUGAAAACCAUUUUUGAUUCCCAAACUGAGCAAAUGUUUUCUCUGCAAGGUCAAAGGAAAAUGGAAAAGCCUCCCCAUUGUCUUUUCCUUCACAAAUCCUGUCUUAAGGGCACAUUUAAGAUAUGAAUAGGGUGUGAGGCUGUGACCUGGCUCAGGAACUAAGUAUUUAUCAUUACAAAAGACUGGCCAGGCUCCCCAGGCAAUCCAAUCAAGUGAACAUUAAACAGGUAACCUGGCAGACAAGAUAAACAGCACACUCAGAUUUCUGCUGUAGACCGCCUUUUCUGUAAUGUAGGUAUGAUGUAUCUGGGGGGUGGUCUUAGGUUACACCCCUUCUGUGAUUGAAUGGAGGGGUGGUCUUGAGCUCCAGAGCAGGGAAUUUAAAAUGUCUAUAUAAGGCCUUGCACGCUAUUGUUCUGGGUUCCUCCUCUUCUCCUGCAUGUGAGGGGAGCACCCUGUUGCAACAGAUCAAUAAAGAUCAGGCUUACUAGCUGCUUUGCUUCUCAAUAUUCUCUGGUUGGCCUCUGUUAUUUUCUCCUACCAAUAGGGAACCUAUGUAAGGACUCUAUAUGGGCUCUUGGAUACCCCAUAAGGGAAAAAGGGCAGAUUUUUUGUUUACAACAGUGGCUACUAGCCAAGAUGUCUAUGCCUCCACUGUCACAGGCUGCGAUUCUUCGGGAUCCCAGUUUCUGGAAACCACAGGUGGGGAGAGUGCUGGCCUUGUGCUCUGGUCCUGCUCACUGGCAUCUGGUGGGCCACUGUGAGAAGAGGAUGGUGGUCUAGAUGGGCCCACUGGUGGACUGGUCCUGCAGCAGAAGUUAGGAGUGGAGUGCUCCAACCAAAGUCCUGCCAGGUCAUUUCUGCUGAUUCCAAGGACAGAGAAAUAAGACCUUCUGCCUGCUUUCCCCAAGGCCAUUUUUCAGGAUGGGCGAGGAAGGAGAAACUGUCCAUCUCAAGGUGGGUUUGUGUUUUUUAGCUCAGAGCAUAUAAACCAUCCUUUUGUGGCUGAGUCCUGAUAAUGGCAUUUGUUGUCCAAAACAGCUGGAGGGAAUGGCAACAGAUUGGGGAAAACUCAUAUGAAUCAUCAGGCUACCUCUUUUCAAAUAACAUUCUGGUUAUUUUCUCCCCAUCUCUCCCCCAACGUGUAUGUUUUCCCAGAAGAAAAAGGGGGUGGGCACGUAAUUUCUGCCCUUCCACGCUCCUAAAUUUCUGAGAAUCGCAUCUCUCUUUCCCGUAGAACCGGAGCGUCGCCGCCGUGUCAUUUGUUGGGUGUCGUGCUCCAGCUCCUCGUCGCUUCAUUUGUUCAGCUCAUUUGCAUACAAUUUCUCAAAGGUCAUCGAGGCAUAAAUUGAGGAGGUUUGAUCUCUCCUCUCCCCACCAAACUGCCCGAUUAAAUAGGCCGCGAUUGCAGGAAACAUCUGGCAAUGAUCGCCUGGCAGUUAAUUCUCCCGGCGCGGAGGUGGAACUCGGGCGACAGCGCGGAGCGGAACGGAAGAUUUAUCCUGGCACUAAACCUCGUAUGUGGGAAUAAACAGCUUCAUUUGCCCCUUUAUUCAUUCUCCAAUUUAGUUCAUUGUUUAAAGCGGGGCAGAGCGCUGGAGCUGGAAGCAGACAGGCUGCCGUUCUCACUUGCAAAAAAAGCAGUAAAAAGACUGAGCCCACCCCGGUUUCAUAAUUGGGUGGGUUUCUCUAUCCCGUAUAGUAAAAGCUCUGGUUUUCCCAGUAGUGAUGUGUGGAAGUGAGAGCUGGACCAUAAAGAAGGCUGAUUGCCGAAGAAUGGAUGCUUUUGAAUUCUGGUGCUGGAGGAGACUCUUGAGAGUCCCAUGGACUGCAAGAAGAUCAAACCUCUCCAUUCUGAAGGAAAUCAGCCCUGCUCACUGGAAGGACAGAUCCUGAAGCUGAGGCUCCAAUACUCUGGCCACCUCAUGAGAAGAGAAGACUCCCUGGGAAAGACCCUGAUGCUGGGAAAGAUGGAGGGCGCAAGGAGAAGGGGACGACGGAGGAUGAGAUGGUGGGACAGUGUUCUCGAAGCUACCAGCAUGAGUUUGACCAAACUGCGGGAGGCAGUGGAAGAAAGGAGUGCCUGGCGUGCUCUGGUCCAGGGGGUCACGAAGAGGCGGACACGACUAAACGGCAAAACAACAACUCCAUCCCCUUCCUUGGAAAAUGCCCCAGACUGGAGGUUACAUAAGGCAGCCGCUGGGUCUUGUGGGCACAUGGGACACUCAGAUUUCGGAUUGGUUGGUCUCCAGGAUAUUUAUCAUUUUUAAGACUCUUUCACUCGCCUAAAAACCCCCAAAAAAGUUACACUGGUAAUCAACAGCCCUUACACCAGAGACCUAGUUCUCCCUUGGAGUGGGGCAGAGAACUCCCAGGGAAUGUCCCUGAAGGACUAACUGCCAAAAAACCAUAAAUGUGAAUGCGGAAAGGAGCUGUGAACAUAGAUGGCAGACACUACCUUUUCUGUGGUGGCCCCCUGUUUGUGGAAGGCUCUCUCCAGGCAGCCUCACUUGGCACCAUCUCUAGGCGUCAGGCAAAAUCUUUCCACCAGAAGCAGGCCUUUGGCUUUAACUAUCUGUGACCUUUCAGAAGUGCUUGGGAUGGUAUAAUGUAUUCCCCUCACCCAGGGCCGUCUUUACCCGGGGGUGCAAGGGGUGUGAUGCACCCGGGCGCCAAAUUCGGGGGGGGUGCCUGCCGCUGAAGCCUCCUAAGCUCUUAACAGUGAUCCUGGGGUGAUUGCAGUCGAUGGGUAACUUCUGCAAAAUCAAUGUAUCUGGCAGUGGCGCCUAGUGGUGUCUCAUUUUUGCAUAAUUGCAAAACGGAAAGAUGGAGUUAUUGCUACCGCUUCUUUUCUUUUUUUUCAUGCUCUCCUCCUUAAAAGCUCAACAACUUUGUUGUUGUUGUUUAGUCGUUUAGUUGUGUCCGACUCUUGUGGACCCCAUGGACCAGAACACGCCAGGCACUCCUGUCUUCCACUGCCUCCCGCAGUUUGGUCAAACUCAUGCUGGUAGCUUCGAGAACACUAUCCAACCAUCUCGUCCUCUGUCGUCCCCUUCUCCUUGUGCCCUCCAUCUUUCCCAACAUCAGGGUCUUUUCCAGGAGUCUUCUCUUCUCAUGAAGUGGCCAAAGUACUGGAGCCUCAGCUUCAGGAUCUGUCCUUCCAGUGAGCACUCAGGGCUGAUUUCCUUCAGAAUGGAGAGGUUUGAUCUUCUUGCAGUCCAUGGGACUCUCAAGAGUCUCCUCCAGCACCAGAAUUCAAAAGCAUCCAUUCUUUGGCGAUCAGCCUUCUUUAUGGUCCAGCUCUCACUUCCAUACAUCACUACUGGGACCUCCCCUCCAAAAAUUUGGGGGUGCUGGGCGGAUCUUAGCACCCCAGUUCCUCAUAUGCCACAGACGGCCCUGCCCUCACCCCCUGGUUUUAAUGUCCCUAUGGGGGGAGGUUGGGGGCUGUAAGUUGCUUUGGGUUGCCGUGGGCGACUAACAAAUUUAAUACAUAACAAUAUAUUGGCUGUGAGUCCUGGAAGACCUGCUCCCUGCCUUGCAGGCUUUUCCUAGCUGGUGUAGGAGGGUGGAGCCUGGACUGACUCCAGCUACAAAAACUGUCCAGCAGGCUCUUGGGGUAUUGUUUAGGGGAGGUUGUUGGGGGGGGGGUUCUCGCCGUUACUGAUAUUAUUAUUUUUUCCAUUCCUAACCACGUUGGUGUCCAAGAUUUGAAACCGGGCUGCAUUUGGCUUCAUUCCUCAACAAAAACAAGGCUUUUAUAGGCUGCUCCUGGCCUUAUGUUUACAAUGACAAUGCUUCUUUAAAUUCUGGGUUACUCUCUCCACAAUUCAUUAAGAUGCCUUUUGAGGGGGAGGGGAGCAGAGUAAGGAGGACACAGUUUGUCAAGGGAGAGAAGGCAGGUGAAGAUGAACCCAAUCUAUUCUGACAGGCGGGAGACUCCGAUCAGCGAAAGAGCCCGUUUGCAAUUACUCCAAUUUGUUCGAGCGCCGCUGGCUGUGCCUCGUCCCCUUGUUUGUGUUUACUCUCCAGCAAACAAUGUUCAAAUCCACAAAAGGAAUCGGGCAGCCCUGGAUCUACUCUGGUCAUGAGUUGAUCAAAGCAAUUAAGCACAUCAGAAGCUCCUGCUGGAACCAACCAGCUCAGAUGGGUGAGGUACAAAUAAUAAAAAUACUAUUAUAAAAAUAUCAUCAUUGUUAGGUAAAGGAGCCCUGGACGGUUAAGUCCAGUCCAAGGCGACUAUGGGGUUGCAGCGCUCAUCUCGUUUUCAGGCUGAGGCAUAGCUGUCAACAUUUCCCUUUUUUAAAGGGUAAUUCCCUUAUUCCGAAUAGGAUUCCUCGCAAGAAAAGGGGAAAGUUGACAGCUAUGGGCCGAAGUAGCUGGCGUUUGUCCACAGACAGUUUUCCAGGUCAUGUGGCCAGCAGGACUGAACCGCUUCUGGCGCAACGGAGGACCGUGACGAGUGCCAGAGUACAUGGAAACGCCAUGGGGGGGGAACGACCUCUGCCCCUAUUCCCCAAAGAAAUGCUUCAAUAUUCUUGUGUGUGGGUAAGACUGUUUUAAACAACCUUUUUAAUUAAUUUUGAAGACCUUCCUCUCUAGAGGCAGAGAAAGGCAGGUGUCUGUCUAGAGAGAGGAUAGUUUGAUGCUGGAAGACUCUCCCUCGACCGUUGCAGGUAGUUUUGAAAUGCAUGGACGGGACAGAACUUGCACUGGUCAUCUAAUUAGUAAAAGGUAAAGGACCCCUGGACAAAUAAGUCCAGUCAAAGGCGACUAUGGGGUGCGGCACUCAUCUCGCUUUCAGGCCGAGGGAGCCAGCGUUUGUCCACAGACAGCUUUCUGGGUCAUGUGGCCAGCAUAACUAAACCACCUCUGGUGCAACGGGACACUGUGAUGGAAACCAGAGCGCAUGGAAUCACCGUUUACCUUCCCACCAUAGUGGCACCUAUUUAUCUACUUGCACUGGUGUGCUUCCCAACUGCUAGGUUGGCAGGAGCUGGAACAGAGCAACGGGUGCUCACUCCGUCACAGGAUUUGAACCGCCCACCUUCUGAUCGUCAAGCCCAAGAGGCUCAGUGCUUUUUAACACAGCACCACCUGUGUUCCAUGGCAUCUAAUUAGUACACUGGUACCUUGGUUUAUGAACUUAAUCCGUUUCGGAAGUCUGUUCUUAAACCAAAGUGUUCAUAAACCAAGGUGUGCUUUCCCAUAGGAGCUGGGGACUCAAUUUACACUCAGCAAGAAGCGGAACGUGUUCUGCUUCCAAGGCAAAGUUCACAAACGAAAACACCUACUUCCGGGUUUGCAGCGUUCUUAAUCCAAGUUGUUCAUAAACUAAGAUGUUCUGAAACCAAGGUACCACUGGCAGUGGGGUAACUGAAGUUCUGCAUCUAGUUCUGGGCACCACCGUUUAAGAAGGAUAUUGACAAGCUGGGAACAGUAAUCAAGAUGGUCAAAGGUCUGGAAACCAAGCCUUAUGAGGAAUGGCUGAGGGAGUUCCAAAUAUCUCAAGGAGGAUGGAGCAAGCUUGUUUUCUCCUGCUCUGGAGGGUAAGAUCUGAACCAAUGGAUUCGCAUGUCAAGAAGGCAGAUUCUGACAAAACCUUAGGAAGAACUUUCUGAGAGUAAGAGCUGUUUUGCCAGUGGAGCAGACUCCCUCGCAAGAUGGCGGACUCUCCUUUGUUUGGGGUUUUCAAGCAGAGGUUGUGUGGCCACCUGUUAGGGAUGCUUAACUGAGAUUCCUGCAUUUCAGGGAGCUGGACCAAAUGACCUCUGGGGUCCCUUCCAAUUCUACUAUUCUCUUGUUUCUUCUUUCAUCUGUGAUAAUUGUUGUUGUUGUUUAGUCGUGUCUGACUCUUCGUGACCCCAUGGACCAGAGCACACCAGGCACUCCUGUCUCCCACUGCCUCCCGCAGUUUGGUCAAACUCAUGCUGGUAGCUUUGAGAACACUGUCCCACCAUCUCAUCCUCUGUCAUCCCCUUCUCCUUGUGCCCUCCAUCUUUCCCAACAUCAGGGUCUUUUCCAGGGAGUCUUCUCUUCUCAUGAGGUGGCCAAAGUCUUGGAGCCUCAGCUUCAGGAUCUGUCUUUCCAGUGAGCACUCAGGGCUGAUUUCCUUCAGAAUGGAUCGGUUUGAUCUUCUUGCAGUCCAUGGGACUCUCCAGAGUCUCCUCCAGCACCAGAAUUCAAAAGCAUCCAUUCUUCGGCGAUCAGCCUUCUUUAUGGUCCAGCUCUCACUUCCAUACAUCAAUAAGCAUCUCUGCAAACUGUGCACAUACACCGCAUUUUGGCUCAGCGCUGUGAUUACAGCUUGAAACAAGGUUCCUUUAUUCAACAAGGGAUUUGGCAAUGCCAAGGUAGCUUCAUCGCAUCGUGUGAUUGAGACUUUGCACAUCACAUAAUAACAUUUCCCAUGUUGUCUGUACAUUUUUUCCCUUCUGGAUCAUCUAAGGCUCAAAUUGUCUCAAUCACACACGCAUAAACACACAGAUGCCAGAAGUGCUGCUUUCGUUGGAGAGGAUGAAAUUAAACCCGCUAAUUGCAGAGCACCUUCGGGUUAUCGCUCUUGUUAUUUGCAACAAAUUAUCUGUUAAUUGCACACCGAGCAGGCUUAUCUCUGUCCCCACAAGAAGAUGCAAACGACACGAUGCCUUGUUUGUUCAGAUUAAAAACUAAAAUAUGCACAAUUUGAUACAUGGAUGCACACAGAGACAUGUAACAUUGUGCAUUAACUCGGGGACAAGGGGACCCAGAGAUGCCACAGCAUUAAGUAAGGGUGAUUUCAUGGUAAUACAAGAGAAAUAUUGCCUAAGGCUGAUGACUAACAUCACAAGAAUGACCCACACCACUUUGUAGGUGUUUAUCCAUCAGCAAAUGGGAUGGUCUUUGCUUUCUUCACCAGCGGACAGAGUUUUCCUGAGAGGGACAAAAGCAGCCCACUGGAACGGCCAUGAAUAUGGGAUAAAUAUAGGAGCAACAGAUGGAUACAGUGGUACCUUGGUUCUCAAACUUAAUCCAUUCCGGAAGUCCUUUCCAAAACUAAAGCACUCCAAAACCAAGGCGUGCUUUCCCACUGAAAGGAAUGCAAAACGGAUUAAUCCAUUCCAGACUUUUAAAAACAACCCCAAAACAGCAACUUAACAUGAAUUUUACUAUCUAACGAGACCACUGAUCCAUAAAAUGAAAACAAUAAACAAUGUACUACAGUCACACAAUCAAUCAAUCAGUAGCCGAACUGGGUUCCACAUAGUCACAAAAACAAAACAAAAGAGUUGCAAAACAAAAACGCAAAAUAAAUAGCAAAAACAGACAGACCUCAUCUUAACACUCAAAACGAAAGUGUUGCGCUCAAAAUGGAAGUGUGGCACUCCAAGCGGAAGUGUAACACUCAAAACGGAGAAUGUUUGGCUUCCAAAAAAAGUUCACAAACCAAAACACUUACUUCCAGGUUUGCAGUGUUUGGAUUCCAAGUUGUUUGAGUACCAAGGCAUCUGAGAACCAAGGGACCACUGUAUACGAGAAACGGGCCACAACAUUAUCAGCUAAUAAGGACCUGCAGCCAAUAAAACACGUUAGCAGCAGGUUCAGCCAGUCACACCAGUGCAGGCACUGUGAUCUGAGCAUAAGAUGAUAGAAUCAUAGAACUGUAGAACUGGAAGGGACCCAAAGGGGUCAUCUACUCCACCCCCCUUGCAUGAUGAUGAUGAUGAUGAUGAAUAAUCCCUAGCUGUGAAUUCUGGGACAAAAUCUAGCCCCUCCUGAGCUUCCUUGCCUCCACCUGUAGAAGCUGCAGCCAUGCUAUUCACAUUGAAUGCUGAGGCCUCUGCUUCUGAGUCAGGAUGCAAUGGGCUGACUCAAUUCUACACUUUAUUGUUGUUGCUAACAGGAAGGUGCUCAGUGCUUUUUUCUGGUGGGACACAGGGGUACGCAUACCCCUAAACAUUUUGUGAAUCUAAGUUUGGCCUCUUUGAGGGGCAGUAUUUCAAAAUGAGUAGGAAAAUGAGAGUACUGCUAAAUGUUGGUUUUUUAAAGAAAAAAAGCACUGUAGCUGCUUCUUCUAAUGGAAAUGAGAGGUGGGUGGUGACACAGGCACUAUCCAGUAGGUACCAACCACACCCAGCUUUUGUUCAACAGGCUGAAAAGGCGUAGACCCCCCCCCCCAUCUUUCUAGAGCUUGUCCCAUUGCACCUGUGUUUUCAGAGCAGCAAAAGUGCUCAAAUAAACCAUCUUCAGAAAGCAAACUGAAAGCAAGUCUUGCAUCUUUGCAAACAGCCUAUUACCUGGUAUGUCUGCCACUAAAGUGUGUGUGUGUGUGUGUGUGUGUCUUUCAAAAUGGGAAAUUUCAGUAGCAGGGGCUUUCACAUAGUGGAAGAUAAGCUUACGAACGACUUGUUGGCCAAGAGUAAUCUGCUGUUUGUCUGAACUUGGAGCCUCCUCAGACCUCGCAGGCUGUUGUCGUUUGAACGCAGUGAUUGAUAUCAUAGCCGAAGGACCAUUUGCUAAAUACUCUGUUGCAAAGGAAGCCCCUUCUAUCUCAGCAGGGAAACAGGCAAUAGCUCUGGCUGACUGUCAGGCCAGUUUGUCCUUGUUAGGCGAGACCAAAUGAAUCUGUCCAAUCUGCGGAUAAGAGUCUAUAGCUGUAGCGCGGAGUAAGAAACUGGGGUGAUAAGAAAGGAAUGGACACUGUGCCCAUCUCUGGUCACCUUGCCUCAAAAAGGAUAUUGCAGACUUGGAAAAGGUUCAGGGAACCCAAAUGAGGGAAAGGAUACGACAACUGCAAGGAUGCUGGCAGACUAAGUUGUUGAACUAUGCAGAGAUGGCAGAAAUGACCGGGAAAAUCAGAAAUCAGGAGGAUCAAAACUUCAAUAAAGAAUGGAGGAAACUGAUCUGAGAGACCACUGUAAACGUUUGAACUCUUUAGCAGGGCUUAAAUAUCUCUUGCAAUGUAACAAAAACUUUGGGCAUAAUGGAGAACUGAAAAAUUAGAGCGAUGUAGUAUGCAGCUGGAAAGGUUAAGUAAAGAACCUAUGGAGGGAAGUCUAGACAUUCGGAAGAAUCUUGUGUAUUUGUUAUCAUUUGUGAUUUUGAAUGUAAACACUAAUUUGUAAAACCAAAUAAAAAUGAUUUCAAAUGGCCAAGGGGAUGGAGCGGUUCUCUUAUGAAGGAAGGUCGCAAUGUUUUUGGCUUUUUAGUUUAGAAACAAGGCAAGGAAGAGGUGACAUGAGAGAUUGCGGGGGCGCAGUUAAUGCCAGCACCGUCCGUUAAGAGUUUGGGUGUAAUCCUCGACACCUCCCUUUCCAUGGAGGUGCAGAUUGCAGCUAUAACAAAGGCGGCAUUUUUCCAUCUCCGCCAAGCUAAGCAGUUGGCUUCUCACCUCUCUCGCCCUGACCUAGCCACUGUGAUCCAUGCGAUGGUCACCUCCAGAGAAGAAGACGAGGAAGAGUUUGGAUUUGAUAUCCUGCUUUUUCACUACCCGAAGGAGUCUCAAAGCGGCUCACAUUCUCCUUUCCCUUCCUCCCCCACAACACUCUGUGAGGUGAGUGGGGCUGAGAGACUUCAGAGAUGAGGGACUGGCCCAAGGUCACCCAGCAGCUGCAUGUGGAGGAGCAGGGACACGAACCCGGUUCCCCAGAUUACGAGACUACCGCUCUUAACCACUACACCACACUGGCUCUGAGAAUGACCCAGAAACUGGGCUUCCACCGUUAUGUCCCAGCUCCUGCCAACCUAGCAGUUUGAAAGCACACCAGCGCAAAUAGAUAAAUAGGUACCGCUGCGGUGGGAAGGUAAACGGCGUUUCCAUGCGCUCUGGUUUCCAUCACAGUGUCCCGUUGCACCAGAGGCGGUUUAGUCAAGCUGGCCACAUGACCCAGAAAGCUGUCUGUGGACAAACAUCAGCUCCCUUGGCCUGAAAGCGAGAUGAGCGCCGCACCCCAUAGUCGCCUUUGACUGGACUUAUUUGUCCAGGGGUCCUUUACCUUUUACUAAUUAGAUGACCAGUGCAAGUUCUGUCCCAUCCAUGCAUUCAAAACUACCUGCAACGGUCGAGGGAGAGUCUUCCAGCAUCAAACUAUCCUCUCUCUAGACAGACACCUGCCUUUCUCUGCCUCUAGAGAGGAAGGUCUUCAAAAUUAAUUAAAAAGGUUGUUUAAAACAGUCUUAAGGUAAAGGUAAAGGGACCCCUGACCAUUAGGUCCAGUCGUGACCGACUCUGGGGUUGCGGCACUCAUCUCGCUUUACUGGCCGAGGGAGCAGGCGUACAGCUUCCGGGUCAUGUGGCCAGCAUGACUAGGCCGCUUCUGGCAAACCAGAGCAGCGCACGGAAACGCCCUUUACCUUCCCGCCAGAGUGGUACCUAUUCAUCUACUUGCACUUUGACGUGCUUUCAAACUGUUGGGUUGGCAGGAGCUGGGACCAAGCAACAGGCGCUCACCCCGUCGCGGGGAUUCGAACCGCCGACCUUCUGAUCGGCAAGUCCUAGACUCUGUGGUUUAACCCACAGCGCCACCCACGUCCCUAAAACAGUCUUACCCACACACAAAAAUAUUGAAGCAUUUCUUUGGGGAAUAGGGGCAGAGGUCCCCCCCAUGAAAGUUGGUUAAAUUGUUUAUGGAUGCUUCCACUCCAGCCAGAAUAUUGCAUGUUCAGAAAUCAAAAGCAGUUCCAACGAAAGAAGAGUAGACUUCAGAGCUAUUGGACUAUGUGGAGAUGCUUAAAUUGAUGGCGAAAAGAAGAGACCCAAGGGACGAAAUGUUUGUGGGAGAGUGGAGACCCUUUCCAGGUUAUCUGAGAAAAUAUUAUAGGCAAAUGAAAUCGCAGGCAGGGCUGGAAAUAUAAGCAAAGGAAUGUGAAUGAUAAAGGAAUAUAAUGUAGAAUAUAUGUUAUAGAAAUAAGUAUUAAAAGGUUUUUGAAAAAUGCUGGAUGGUUAAGUCCAGUCAAAUUUGCCUAUGGGGUGCGGCGCUCAUUUCCACUUUCCUGCCGAGGGAGUCAGAAGUAAGUAUUAUAUUUAAAGCAGUCGAUAAAAGGUUUUGCACAGAAACAUCAAGGACGGGAAGUCGAAAUGCUAAGGGAAUAUUGUAUGGAAACUGAAUUGGAUUUGUUAAAUUGUAUGAAAAUCAAUUAAAAAAUUAUGAGGCUGAUUCAUUUUUCAGGUAUCCGGUGGAAAUCCCAUUCAUUUUUUACUUUUAAAGAGAAAUUAAUAGCACGUCAAAGAGGGGGGCGUAUGCCCUUCUUUGCACAAACGGUUCAGACGUGUGGACCUGGCGCGCACACACACACACACACACACACACACACACAUAUAUAUAUCCCUUUUGGAAAUUGGGAGCGAAAAGGGGACCAGGCCUCCAAAGAGAUGUGCCAUUUCAGAAAAACACACAGAGGUUCUGCCGCCUCAUCCUUAUACUGCGCACAGCGGGGGCAUCGUGACAUUUCCUUAUCUUCAAGGCCGCUCUAUCCCAGAGCAAAUCAUGUUUGCUUUAUUUAUUUAUUUUCCCUGAGAGUGAGAUGCUGAGAACACAAGCGAGAUAAAAGGAGGAGGAUGUUGCAAGGGGGAGAGAGGAGGGGGGGCAAGAACACAGCAGUCAGAAGAUUUGGGGGGGGGGAGUUGGCGGCUUUCAAUGCAAUAAAAGUCUUCCAAUGGAAACGCUUUGUGAUAGGGCCGGGUUCCGCCGCUUCGGGUUAGCUAAUAAAUCCAGGGUGCCGUCCGCGGAGCACGAUGCCCUUUCGUUCUGCCUCUUAUCUGACGGAUGGUGACACUCCUUAAUUAGCUGGGGGGGGCGGUCCACCAAAGCCCUUUCUAUUAGCCCGACAGCUCUGCUGCUGCAGGGGACAAAAAUUAAAUAAAAUUCUACCCACUGACAUUUGUCUCCCAAGUCUUUUGCAAUAUGAUCGGUGGCCCGGUUUAAUAAGACUCCUCCUUUGUUAGCAAAAUCAGGGCCAUAAAAGAGAGAUGGCGUGGGCCAGUUUUCCAGGUGGCAUCGCCUUCAACAAAGAAGCGGCAUGAACAGAUUCUCAGAGUUCAAAAUCUCUCUCUCCCUUUCUGCCAGUUAAUUUCAUUGAUUUUGUUUUGUUCGUUUAUUAAAUUUGUAUGCAAGUUUGUACCACCAAGUACUAUCAAGAGAUGGUAAGGUAAAGGGACCCCUGACCAUUAGGCCCAGUUGCGGAUGACUCUGGGGUUGCGGCGCUCAUCUCGCUUUAUUGGCCGAGGGAGCCAAUAGGAGAAAGAGAGAGGAGAAAGGAGGAGGGAGAAAGGUUGUUUUCUGCUGCUCCAGAGAAGCGGACACGGAGCAAUGGAUCCAAACUACAAGAAAGAAGAUUCCACCUAAACAUUAGGAAGAACUUCCUGACAGUAAGAGCUGUUCGACAGUGGAAUUUGCUGCCAAGGAGUGUGGUGGAGUCUCCUUCUUUGGAGGUCUUUAAGCAGAGGCUUGACAACCAUAUGUAAGGAGUGCUCUGAUGGUGUUUCCUGUUGGUUUCUAUUUCCCUCACUGAGCAGCAACUGCAGUCACAAGACAGGUGUUUACAUUCCACAGUCUGUACUGUUGGAGUUUCUCACGGGAAAGGGAGACUGGAUGUGACGUACACUGGUUUCCUGUUUUUCACUGUGUGAUUCUCUCCGAGCUGUGGAGAGAGGAUGCAUUUUCUCUGCUCCUGCAGAGGCAAGAUGUCUUUCUGUAAUAUACCAGCUUUGAACUGUAAAUAAAGCAAUAUAGAGUAUGUAACACAUUUUCCUCAUCCUUCCGCUGGCCACGACAGACUCUGCUUUAAAUCAACACGUGGUUAUGGGCUCCAGACGUCGAAUCGGAGUGCCGGCAGAGGAUCGGAAUGCAGAGGGACGGAUCGGAAAGGAAUCUGCUCUGCGCGUAGAAGUGAUUGAUGAGGUAUGUGCUACUGCUCCGGGCAGCCUGCCAGCUUCAAGAUAAUGGCUUUAUGGCUGGACUUUGAACUUUUAAAGCCGGUUUUGCCGGGAAUAGGCAAAAGGCUCCCAGGCACAAGUCACUAUGCUGGGGAAAUCGAAAGUAACUUUUAAGUGUGCCUUUGUAAUGAGGCAGCAGCAGCAUAUGACGCUGAAGGCUAAUGCCAGAGUCAUGAUGGCCCUUCAGGAUGCUUGUAGGAUUCCUAAGCUCAACAAGAAAAAUUACAGCGACUGGGUUCAGUAUGCAGAGGCAAUUCUGCGGAAAGAGGGUUUGUUUGAGGUGAUUACAGGAACCCCCAGUUCCAGUUACAGAUGCAUGGGAAGCUAAGGAUUCCAAAGCAAGGGAACUCUUACAUUGAUAGUAUCCCCAGAAGAGCUCUGUCUAUUGCGUGAUAAGACCUCAGCCAGAGAAAUUUGGGACGCUCUGAGAGAGGCUCACUUAAGGACAGAAGCUGGAUCCACUAUGUUUUAUUUUAACAAGCUGCAUAAUAUGGCUCUUGCUGAAGGUGGAGAUGUGCGUUUACAUCUAAUGGAGAUGCAAAAUCUCAGACAUGAGCUGCAACAGAGAGGACUCAACUUUCCAGAGGCUGUGUAUUCUUUCAUGAUACUACAAUCUUUGGGUUCAGGUUGGGAGUCUGUUGCAACCCAGAUUGCUGUGCAACCAACUGCUCAGCUGACAGUGGACUUUGUUACUGCCGUGAUUUUAAAUGAAGCAGAUCGCCGGGGUGCUAGCUGCAUGGGCAAGGGAAGUCUUCACAGACGUCAUCCCAUAGUGCAGUGGAACCACCAGAUGGCGCCAAAGCUUUGAAGGCAGUGAAAGUGCUACUCGUGUGGACGUCUAGGCCAUAUGAAGAGGGAAUGCAGACAUCCCAGGGCCAAGACAGAGCAGCGCAGCGAAGCUCAUCGCGCGGAAAAGGCCGAGGCAAAGGCAAAGGUCCGGUGUCUAGGACAACGCAGCACAAGGCUAUGGUUUCACGCUUCACUCCAAAGGUUGCAGAGGUCCAGAAGACGUCUAGAUCUUUCUUCGUUGUUGAUUCAGCGGCCACCCACCACAUGUGCAACGAUAAGAAACUGUUUGUGUCUUUUACACCGCAGGAAGGUGCGAUUCACCAGGCGGAUGACCACACUAUUCCCAGUAAAGGCUACGGAACUGUUGUUCUUCACAGUUUGGACUUAUCGAUACAGAAUGUGCUUUACGUGCCAGACGCCAAACAUAAUCUGCUCAGCGUUGGACAGCUGAAUGAGCGGAACAUUGACGUUUCCUUCAAGAACAAGAAGUGCAUCAUCACAAAGAAAAAUGAUUAUGUAUUGCAUGCAGAAUAUGUUGAUCAUUUGUUUGUUUUGUAUUAUGAUGAUGUGGUGCAGGAUGACACUUGUUGCAUUGCAGGUUCUAACAAAAGUUUGCAUGCAGAAUGUAUUCACGAUUUUCAUCGAAAAUUUGGUCAUUUGCAUUUUGAGGCAGUAUCUAAAAUGCCUGCCUUGGUUGAAGGUAUGACUAUUAAACCCUGCAGGUACCACAUGAAGUGCAAAGCAUGCGCAGCAAACAAGGUGAAAAUGGCUGCGAAAGGUGUCUAGUAGGACAGCUACAGAACCAUACCAGGUUGUUCAUGCUGAUUUGGUUGGACCACUAUCGCCCUCUUUGGGUGGAAAUAGAUACUUCAUGGUUCUCAUUGAUGCAUUUUCUAGAUAUAUUUUUGUGUACAAUCUCAAGCAGAAAUCGGAGGCUUUUCCUAGGUUCAAGGAAUUCUGUGCUUGGUUGGAAAAUGUGCAUGGUAAGAAGAUAAAGACUCUUUUCAGUGAUCGCGGGGAAAUUCACUUCUCAGCAGUUUGAAGCUUUUCUGACUGAGAAAGGAAUUCAACACGAUUUGUCUAGUCCUCGCUCGCCAUGGCAGAAUGGACUUGCGGAGCAGGCAAAUCAGACUUUGCUUCAAGGGUUAAAGACCUUGCUGCAUGAUGCCAAUCUUCCAGAGAGUUAUUGGGCCGAAUCUCUCUCGUGUUUUGUUUACAGUUACAAUCGCAGGCUAUCUUCAGCGAUUGGUUGUACCCCCUAUGAGAAGAUGUUUGGCAAGAAGCCAUACAUCAAACACAUGAAGAUUUUGGUUCUGACAUGUGGGUUCGCUCACCACAAAACUCCAAGUUAGACAAGCGUGGAUUGCAUGGUAUCUUUCUAGGUUAUCAGAAAGGGUCUUACAGAAUAAUGAUGACUGACUCUAAGACAAUUAAGCUCACGAGAAGUGUUGAGUACAAUGCAAAGUGGGGGAGAAUGUGGGAAUUUUCCAAUGUUAUCCUGAUGACGGUGAUGAGACUGAGGAUAGUCAAAAGCAACCACAACAGCCCACACCCACUGAUGAAGGUUCUGAGUCUGAAUCUGAAACUGAAUCGGGUGAUUCAGAGGAUUUCAAGAGUGCGAAAGCCUCUAUGCGACCCUCUGAAAGCUCUGAUCAAGAAUUGGAGGAACCAUUGUUCACAAUAGGUCGUUUUUCUCCUAAGAAGGAAGAGGAGAGUGUUGAAGACUUAAGGCUAAUUCGUAGGUCACAGAGAGCCACAAAAGGCAAACCUCCAAAGAGAUUUGCUGAUGAGUUUGCUAAGAUAGCAGUAACAGCUGUUAAAAGCUCCAAGAAGGUAUUUGAACCUUCAAGUUUCCAAGAAAUCCAGGGUUUGGAUUCAAAGGAAGCUGAGCCAUGGUUAAAUGCCAUGAAGGCUGAGCUUGAUUCCUUAGAAAGGAACAAAACAUGGGAGCUAGUUCCAGUAGUUCCAGGAAUGAAACUGCUUGGAAGCAAAUGGGUCUUCAAAGCGAAGACAGAUCAAAAUGGCAAGAUAGUCAGACACAAAGCCAGAUUGGUAGCCAGAGGUUUUGCACAGGUACCAGGUGAAGACUAUCACGAGACCUAUUCACCCACAGUGAGAUAUGAAAGCAUUAGGCUUAUGCUCAAGCUAGCUGCAGAGGAAAAUCUACACAUUAGUCACCAUGAUAUUAAUACAGCUUUUCUGUACGGAUCUCUAGAUGAAUCACUUUAUAUGCUUCCACCUGAUGGCGUACAGGUAAAACAGGGAUUUGUUUGUGCUCUGAAGAAAUCCCUUUAUGGUCUCAAACAAAGUGCACGGUGUUGGCACACAAAACUCACUGAAGUAUUGUUUUCUCUAGGUUUUCAGCAAGGAAAGCUGAUCCAUGUGUAUUUGUCAAAGAGGAGGGGCAAAAGAAACUGUACUGUUUGUUUUAUGUUGAUGAUUUAUUAUUCUUUUGGAAAGAUGUUGCAAUGUACAAUAGCGCCCUAGCUCAACUGAAAGAGCACUUUGACAUGAAAGAUCUUGGUGAGGUAAACAACUACCUAUCUCUGGAAAUAGAGAGAGAUCAAGAUGGUAACAUUCUAGUACACCAGUCACGGAAAAUUGCUGAUGUGUUAAGCAAACUAAAUCUGAUGGAUGCUAACCCUGUAGACACACCGAUGACAACAGGUUAUCAGGUAGAUGACACUGAAGAAGCAUUUUCUGACACUACACUGUACAGGAGUGUGCUAGGCAAGCUAAACUUCAUUGCCAGAUGUUCAAGACCAGACAUUGCUGUUAGCUGUAAUUUGCUAAGCAGACAAGUCAACAAUCCUAGUGUCAAGGAUUGGAAAGCUCUGAAACGCAUAGCGCGGUAUUUGAAAGGCACUAUGCAUUACAGACUGAGAUUUAACAAUCAGAAGUCUGGUGGUCUUGAGAUAUUUGCAGAUGCAAGUUUUGGAAGUGACACUACAGACAGGAAAAGUACGUCUGGAGUUUGCUAUAUGUACAAUCAGAGUCUGUUUGAUUGGUCAUGCAAGAAGCAAACAACAGUUAGCUUAAGUACUUGUGAAGCCGAACUGAAUGCACUGUCUUAUUCACUUAAGGAUUGUGAAUGGUUAGUACAAUUGUGCAAAGAUAUGAAAAUUCCUGUCAAAUGUCCAAUCCAGGUUUACCAGGACAACAAAGCAUGUUUGGCUUUGCUGAAGUCUGAAGGUUGUAAGCAAAGCACAAAGCACUUGCAAUUAAAGUUGCAGCAUGCUAGGGAAUGUAUUCAGAAGGGACUCGUAACGGUGUCCUAUAUGCCAGGUAAUGAAAUUCCUGCUGAUGUAUUGUCCAAGAUUGUAUCAAGGGAUCAACACUGUACCUAUGUGCAGAAGUUGGGUUUGUACUGAUAUUGUGCAAACACGCUGCCCAGUGAUGUUCACAGAAAGGGGAGGAUGUUGGUUUCUAUUUCCCUCACUGAGCAGCAACUGCAGUCACAAGACAGGUGUUUACAUUCCACAGUCUGUACUGUUGGAGUUUCUCACGGGAAAGGGAGACUGGAUGUGACGUACACUGGUUUCCUGUUUUUCACUGUGUGAUUCUCUCCGAGCUGUUGAGGAGAGAGGAUGCAUUUCUCUGCUCCUGCAGAGGCAAGAUGUCUUUCUGUAAUAUACCAGCUUUGAACUGUAAAUAAAGCAAUAUAGAGUAUGUAACACAUUUUCCUCAUCCUUCCGCUGGCCACGACAGACUCUGCUUUAAAUCAACAUUUCCUGCUUGGCAGGGGGUUGGACUCGAUGGCCCUUGUGGUCUCUUCCAACUCUAUGAUUCUAUGAUUCUAUGAGCCGGUGUACAGCUUCCAGGUCAUGUGGCCAGCAUGACUAAGCCGCUUCUGGCGAACCAGAGCAGCGCACGGAAACACCGUUUACCUUCCUGCCGGAGUGGUACCUAUUUAUCUACUUGCACUUUGAUGUGCUUUCGAACUGCUAGGUUAGCAGGAGCGGGGACCGAGCAACGGGAGCUCACUCCAUCACGGGGAUUCGAACCGCCAACCUUCUGAUCAGCAAGUCCUAGGCUGUGGUUUAAGCCACAGCACCCUUGAUUCAAGAGAUGGUACCUCAGUCUAAACCACUGAGCCUCUUGGGCUUGCUGAUCGGAAGGUUGGCGGUUCAAAUCCUCGCAACGGGGUGAGCUCCCGUUGCUCGGUCCCAGCUCCUGCCAACCUAGCAGUUCGAAAGCACACCAGUGCAAGUAGAUAAAUAGGUACCGCUCUGGCGGGAAGGUAAACGGCGUUUCCGUGUGCUGCUCUGGUUUCGCCAGAAGCGGCUUAGUCAUGCUGGCCACAUGACCCAGAAAAACUGUCUGCAGACAAACGUCGGCUCCCUCGGCCAGUAAAGCGAGAUGAGCGCCGCAACCCCAGAGUCGUUCGCGACUGGACUUAACUGUCAGGGGUCCCUUUACCUUAAAUAUAUACUCUUAUGAAACUGCAGGUUAUUACAAUAAUCUUGCUAAUGUUUUCAUUUGUUUGCAAUUUAUCUGUAAAUAUUCAAUAAAACAUUUCCAUUCUUAGAUUAAAAUUUCUGUUAUCUUCAUUUCUUAUUCUUCCAGUAAAUUUCGCCAUUUCUGAAUAUUCCACAAGUUUUUGUAUCCAUUCUUCCUUUGCUGGGACUUCUGCUUCUUUCCCCUUUGGGGCAAAAAGUGCCCAAGAGAUUCUGUUCUCCUUGAUGCCUGUGGGCUGCCCUCGCUUCAAGCCGAUAGAAGACACAUCUGACAUCUGAGGACUCUAUGAAUAUUCAGCAACAGUCGCGGCCCUCCCCAAAUCUAUGCAAGUUGCCCACUUUGCAUUGAUUCAAUCAGUGUCUCGUGCUUCUAAUUGUCAAACGCAUUCAAAACUCACAGCCAUCAGAUCACUGACAUCACUCUGCAGUCGCAAUCAAUUGGUUGCGAUCGCAACUGCCUUCUCAAAAUUCCCGUGUAUUCUCAUGCAAAUUUGCAUUUGCAGCCUGUGCCAUGCAUUAUUCAGCUGCAUAAAUGCACCGCAUUUGCAUGCUCCUGACCUAAACCGAUCAUGGCAGGCCUGUCUGCUGUACCUGUUUAGCAGACACAAUGGCCUUACAGAUGCUGAGCGCCAUCCUCAGUUACGCAGAUUGCUGCCUAUUAGUCCAAGGUGAUUGGUGGUGUCUCAUCAAUGAGGGCUAAUGAUAGAAGACAGGCUCCUGGGAUUCUAUCCAGAAACUUUGGAAUGAAACACCCAGCAUAGUUUGGAGAAGUUCAUACUGCUUCAGUGGGGUGAGAUGGGGAGAGAGGGAGCAAAAGGUGGUUAAAGAGUUUUCUAGUGAGAGUUGACUGGAAAGUAGAUGGAGCCUUGGAAGAUGCAUAUAAUAUAAUAAUAUAAUAUAAUAUAAUAUAAUAUAAUAAUAUAUAAUAUAGGUAUAAUCAAAGGAGGAUUCCCUGGAUGGCAAGAUCCAGGUUUGGGACAAGAACUCUUUGCUGAGAGCACCCCAGCAGAAAUUUAAAAUCGCAAAAUAGGCAUCAAAGUAAAGCAUGGAAAUAUAGACUGUACAACCUUUAAAAUGCAGUCAUACCUCAUGUUACGUCCGCUUCAUGUUACGUUCUUUCAGGUUACUUCCGGGUUUUGCCACUUGUGCAUGCGCAGAAGCGGUGAAUCACAACCUGUGCGUGCGCAGACACGCCGCUGCAGGUUGCGCUCUUUUCAUGUUGCGAACAGGCCUCCGGAAUGGACCCCGUUCGCAACCAGAAGUACCACUGUAUCCCCUUCUAAGUUGCUUCCAAAGUUCCCCACUCUCCUUCUUACAAACUCUGCAAAGGUCAGGUUCAUGUGCUUUUCCAUACAGCAGUCAGAAAACACAAGCCGUAAAACUUAGGUUCCAAAAUGGUGAGUGUUUCUGAAUCAUUUGUAUAGUAGGACAGCUUACUCUAUGACCUUAACCCCUUUCAUGCAUUAAUGAGACUUAAGCAUGUUGGUUAUAUGAGGCUGCUUAUCCCACGGCUUCUGAACCCCAGUUGCUGCAAACCACAGGAGUGGAAGAGGACUCUUGAGCUCAAAACCUGCUUGAGAGCUUCACAUUCAGGCAUCUGGUUGGCCACUGUGAGAAAAGGAUGCUGGACUAGAUGGGCCAUUGGCCUGAUCCUGCAAGCUCUUCUUAUGUUCCUAUGCUUGUUAAGCCACUUGUAGCCCUUUUGCAUUUCCCAGUAAGCCUUUUAUAACCACUGAUGUACGGAAGUGAGAGCUGGACCAUAAAGAAGGCUGAUCGCCGAAGAAUUGAUGCUUUUGAAUUCUGGUGCUAGAGGAGACUCUUGAGAGUCCCAUGGACUGCAAGAAGAUCAACCCUAUCCAUUCUGAAGGAAAUCAGCCCUGAGUGCUCACUGGAAGGACAGAUCCUGAAGCUGAGGCUCCAAGACUUUGGCCACCUCAUGAGAAGAGAAGACUGCCUGGAAAAGACCCUGAUGUUGGGAAAGAUGGAGGGCACAAGGAGAAGGGGAUGACAGAGGACGAGAUGGUUGGACAGUGUUCUCGAAGCUACAAACAUGAGCCUGACCAAACUGCGGAAGGCAGUGGAAGACAGAAGUGCCUGGCGUGCUCUGGUCCAUGGGGUCACGAAGAGUCGGACACAACUAAAUGACUAAACAACAACAACAGAUCAAGACCACCCCCAGAAACAUCAUACAUACAUCACAGAAGGGGUGUAACCUAAGACCACCCCUCAGAUACAUACAUCACAGAAAGGGGUUGAGGGAGGAGUUGUGGUGGUAACCUGAGUGUCCUGUCACCUGGCUGGUUCCCCCUUUCCCCCUCCCCAUGAGUACUUUCCAGGUGACAAAGGGGAGUUUGCAGUUUCCUGCCCCCAGAGGGAAGAGCUGAUCAUUGUCCUUUGUUCCAGUCCGUGCUGAAUCCACUCCCAUAUGCAAGUUCUUUGUGAUCUUGAUGGUCUUCUGUCUGGGACCAUCAGGGUUGGCAUAGCAACUGGGCAGGGCUCCUGUGGAUGUGCUGGGAUGCUCAAGGGAUUAUGGCUGCCCUGUAUCAAACCUUCCCCAUUUUGUAGUCCUUCCUUCAUGGAGUAAAAUAAAAGUGGAACAGUGCAAAUCCGAUGUAUGGUUGAUUUUCUAUGAAUUUAUAACAGAAGCGUAUCAUAUGUAGUGUGUGAGUGUGUGUGAAGUUUGUACAAACUGAAUGAUUGGGGGGGGGGGGGUUUCCUGCUACACCAGUGAGCUGUGUGCAUAAAACAGAGAGCCACGCACACAUACGGAGCUACAAAAUUAAUCAUCACAAAGUCUGCUCUGUAGCUAGAUUAGCCUUCUCUUCUCCAAAGUCUCCUGAGCACUAUAUUUUGAUGACUAGCAGUAAAUUCUUUUAAAAGGAAAAUACUCAAAUGUGCCCAGAAGCGUUUUGGGGAAUUUAUGGGGACUCUGAACCAGUCCAGGCAAUAGUUAACUUAUUGGCUGCCGCAUGUUAACCAUUCUGUGAUUAACAGGACAAUUAUCUUAGCUGAACUUUGGCCUGCAGCUGGAGAAAGGGGACAAAAUGCAUUUUCCCGUCUGCUUCUUAAGAGUCUGGGAUUUAAGAUUUGGGGAGCAGAUGCCUGCCCCACCGAUGCAGACACUACUAUUUAUUGAUUUGAAGUACCGUUGUGGUGCAAUUCAUUCGCCCAAGUCCCAUGGUGGUUUGCACCAGUUAGAACAGCAAUAAAAGCAACAGUAAGGGAGGAGGAAGGGACGUGGGUGGCGCUGUGGGUUAAACCACAGAGCCUAGGACUUGCCGAUCAGAAGGUGGGCAGUUUGAAUCCCCGCGACGGGGUGAGCUCCCGUUGCUCGGUCCCUGCUCCUGCCAACCUAGCAGCUCGAAAGCACGUCAAACUGCAAGUAGAUCAAUAGGUACCGCUCCAGCGGGAAGGUAAACAGUGUUUCCGUGCGCCAGAAGCAGCUUAGUCAUGCUGGCCACAUGACCCGGAAGCUGUACACCGGCUCCCUUGGCCAAUAAAGCGAGAUGAGCACCACAACCCCAGAGUCAGCCACAACUGGACCUAAUGGUCAGGAGUACCUUUACCUUUUAAGGGAGGAGGAACCCAAAUAUACAAAGAGCAAGGCUGCAAACAACAUGAGAAAGAGCAGCGGUUGGUUCCAAGAAGCCAUCCGAAACUUCUCAUCUGCAGAAAGUGGGCAGGAGGUGUUUGGAUGUUAGGAAUGAAGCACCUAUAGGAAAAUGUCUGCUCCCUCAGGCUAAUGGGGAAAGGGUGUGGCUCUGGGGAGAUAAUUUGCCUUGCACUCAGAAGGUCCCAGGUCCAAACCUCAACAUCACCAGUUAGGGCUUUAAAAAGUUUUCCUGCUUGAAACUUUUUCCUCUGGUCCUGUCAACUGCUAGCAAGCUGCCCCUGGAAAGUUAUUUAUUUUAAAAAAUUGUACACGGCUUGAUUGUAAAAUAAAAUGAAACUCUCAAAGCAGUUUACAAAAAAAGAAAAGAAAGAUGAUAAAUUGGUCACUAAAACAAUUAACAGUAAUUGUUAGGGGGGAAGCAAUAAACAGAGGAGGAGGAGGAGGAGGAGGAGGAGGGGGAGAAGAAGAAGAAGAAGAAGAAGAAGAAGAAGAAGAAGAAGAAGAAGAAGAAGAAGAAUUUAUUAUUUAUACCCCGCCCGCUUCCCCAGCCACUCUGGGCGGCUUCCAACAAAGUAUUAAAAUACAGUGGUCUGUUAAACAUUAAAAGCUUCCCUAAACAGGGCUGCCUUCAGAUGUCAUCUAAAAGUCUGGUAGUUGUUGUUCUCUUUGUCAUCUGGUGGGAGGGCGUUCCACAGGGCCGGUGCCACUACCAAGAAGGCCCUCUGUCUGGUUCCCUGUAGCUUGUCUUCUCGCAGUGAGGGAACCUCCAGAAGGCCCUCGGAGCUAGACCUCAGUGUCCGGGCAGAACGAUGGGGGUGGAGACGCUCCUUCAGGUAUACUGGGCUGAGGCCGUUUAGGGCUUUAAAGGUCAGCACCAACACUUUGAAUUGUGCUUGGAAACGUACUGGGAGCCAAUGUAGGUCUUUCAAGACCGGUGUUAUAUGGUCUCGGCGGCCACUCCCAGUCCUCAGUCUGGCUGCCACAUUCUGGAUUAGUUGUAGUUUCUGGGUCACCUUUAAAGGUAGCCCCACAUAGAGCACAUUGCAGUAGUCCAAGCGGAGAUAACUAGAGCAUGCACCACUCUGGCGAGACAGUCCGCAGGCAGGUGGGGUCCCAUCCUGUGUACCAGAUGAAGCUUAAAUUAUGGAGAUUAUAACACCCAUCCACAUUCUACAUACCUGGAUAGGAUAGGCUAUUUUUUUUUUGCAUCUGCCGGAUACAAUACAGUGAAGGCGCCUGCCUGAUUUCCAUAGGCAGGGAGUUUCGUAGUGCAGGUGCUGCCGCAGAAUGUGGAAUUAUGUGGUACUUUUUAACAGUACCCCUUCCAUAGAUUGAUAUGGCCAAGUGGGCAUGUAACGGGUAAGGCGAUCUCACAGUUAACCAGAAUGCGGCUCUCUGGAUUUAGAAAGCUCGCUGUCCUUCCUAGAACACUAUCCAGGCUCGUUUGUUCUGCUCGCCCGACUUUCAGCCAAGGAGGUGUGUCAGCAGGAAACAGAUGAAGAGGGGAAAGGGAUGGAGUCGCAGUUUGAGAAGGUUCGAAAAGCAAGGACAUCGGAAGGAAGAUCUCCAGCUCAGCAGAUGGGAGAGAGAGAUACGGGGACAGUGUUUGGUUCAGAAGGGGACUGUGCUGACCCUUUCAUUCCAGAGACAACAUAUCAUUUCUUGGCAAAAGCCCCCGAGUGGGUGCCCAGAAACUAUCUGGGCGUCAUUCCGGAAGCUGCCUCCUUCCCUGGAGUUGCUGGUUCUGGAACCAGUGGGCUCUGCCAACUUUUGAUUUCACAAAUACCAACAAUCUGGUAUUUUUAAGUUGAACCUGGCAAGGACUCUGCUAUAGAAUAUAGAACUGUAAAGUUGGAAAGGACCCCAAGGGUCAUCUAGUCCAACCCCCUGCAAUGCAGAAAUCUCAACUAAAGCAUCCAUGACAAGUGGCCAUCCAUCCUCUGCUUAAAAAACCCCAACCAAGGAAGGAGAGUCCAGCACCUUCCGAGGGAGUCUGUUUCAGCAUCAAAGAGCUCUUUCUCAUGUUUAGUUGGAAUCUCCUUUAUUAUUACUUGAAGCCAUGGGUUCGAGUCCUACCCUCCGGAGCAGGAGAAAACAAGCAUGCUCCACAUUCCAUAGGGCAGCCCUUGAGAUAUUUGAAGAUGGCUCUCCUAUCUCCUCUCAGUCUCUUCUUUUCCAGGCUAAACAUACCCAGCUCCUUCAACCAUUCCUCAUCAGGCUUGGUUUCUAGACCCCUCGUCGUCUACGGUUCCCCUCCUCUGUGCAUUCUCCAGCUUGUCACUAUCCUUCUUAAAUGGUGGGGCCCGGAACUGGACACUGGAUUCCAGGUGUGGUCUGACCAAGGCAGAAUAGGGUGGGACUAUUACUUCCCUUAGGGACGCGGGUGGCGCUGUGGGUUAAACCACAGAGCCUAGGGCUUGCCGAUCAGAAGGUUGGCGGUUCGAAUCCCUGCGACGGGGUGAGCUCCUGUUGCUCGGUCCCUGCUCCUGCCAACCUAGCAGUUUGAAAGCACAUCAAAGUGCAAGUAGAUAAAUAGGUACCGCUCCAGCGGGAAGGUAAAAGGCGUUUCACCAGAAGUAUUCACCAGAAGUGGCUUAGUCAUGCUGGCCACAUGACCCGGAAGCUGUACGCCGGCUAAAUCGGCCAAUAAAGCGAUAUGAGUGUCGCAACCCCAGAGUCGGUCACGACUGGACCUAACGAUCAGGGAUCCCUUUACCUUUCUGACUUCCCUUGAUCAAUGGCAGAACCUACCCCAGACCCAGUUUAGAAACUCCCUUGUUUUGGGGCCCUUCCCCGAUACAUGUCAAGUUUCCUCUGCUUUCAACGCCUCAUCCUUCCUUCAGCACAAAUCGCCAGGAUCAUCAUUAAAGUUUGCUUUAAAGAAUCUCUACCUGUUGUCUGUCAACUAUCUCAAACUGUCUCAAAUUAACCACAAGCCAGCCUUGCAGAGGUUACUCAUUAACCCUUUUUUCCCUGGAAAGUGGCCUUCCUUGCCUCCUCCCAAUUCCAGCAGCUGUUCUCCUGAGAUCUGCUGUAGACCACACCCGCCUUGUCUCGGAGGAAGACCCUCAGUCUCCUGCUAAGCUUUCCUUUGGAUAUUCAAAGAAGCCACAAACACAAUGGUAAGAAAACUCUCUUUUAUAUAUAUAUAUAUAUCCUGGAAUGGAUCUUGUUCUUCAUUUUGAAGCUGGUGGGUGCGGGGAGCAGAGGGAGAACCAGACACAGUGGCUUAAAAGGCCAUCCAUGCACUUAGAAUCACAGAAUCGUAGCAUUGGGAGGGACACCCGAGGAUCAUCUAGUCCAACCCCCCUGCAAUUCAGGAGUCGCAGCUUUCCAUUAAACCAUGGGAGUGGAGUGCACAGAACAAAACUGUUCCCUUAAGUUGGCUUGGAACGUCUGUCGCCAAAAGCAGUGCAGAUGUGAAGGGGUUUUCUUUUUUUUAAAAUAAAAUGUAUUUAUUUAGUUUUUCAGAUUAAAACGAUACAGUCACAUAUCCAACAUGCCAAGAAAAAAGCACACCAAGAACUCAGGCCAAUGUAUGUUUCAAUUGUGGGAGUGGUCCCUAUUCACAAAUCAAUAGUCAAUAAUAACAAAAACUACCGUAUUUUUCGCCCUAUAGGACGCACUUUUCCCCCUCCAAAAAUGAAGGGGAAAUGUGUGUGCGUCCUAUGGGGCGAAUGCAGGCUUUUGCUGAAGCCUGGAGAGCGAGAGGGGUCGGUGCGCACUGACCCCUCUCGCUCUCCAGGCUUCAGGAAGCUAUCCGCAAGCCUUGCAAGCCCAGCGGGAGGUCCCGCGGGCUCGCAAGGCUUUCGGGCAGCAGCCUGCAGCCCACAAGCUCGGGGGACAGCGGGGAGGCGCAGCGCCGACACCCCGCUAUUCCCCGACCUGAUCUGGAGGCUGGCGGGGGGGAGAAGAAGCAAGCUUGCUUCUCCACAUGGCCAGCCCCACAAGCUCGGGGGACAGCGGGGCAAGCCGCUGCCCCACGGAGGCUAGAGAGGCUGUCCCUGAAGGCAGAAGAGGGAGACGGAGCGCUCCGUCUCCCUCUUCUAGCUGGGGGAUGGCUGCGCAAACCUGGGGGGGAAAUAAAAAAUUUCCCCUUGAUUUCCCCCCCAAAAAACUAGGUGCGUCCUAUGGGCCGGUGCGUCCUAUAGGGCGAAAACUACGGUAAUCCAUUCAAAAGCUUUUCUGCGCGUUUUCAAUUUGGAAGUGAGCCUGUUACCUUUUAUAUGCACUUAAAGGUGUAGAUGAGAUCCCUAGAUCUUAACGGCACAGUGUUCUAAAGUUCAGCUGCAGUUUAAUUUGAGGUCUUAAAGAAAUGAUGUAUAAUCCUGAUAGCUAUUCAGACCCGUAGGGGUCAUGGUUUUAAGUAAACACACAGAAAAACUCAAGAUACACAUUGAUCUACCCACACGUAGUUGUUACCCCUGAGAAACGUAGAAAAUAACAGGAUAUAUUUAUCCAAAAGUCUUCAAACUUACCCAACCCUUUAAAAAUUGGCUGAUGAAGGUGAAUACAUCGAAACGGGGCGCUGUCCUGGUUUGUAAUCCAUAAUUGACUUCUGAAAAUUAUGCUCUAUGUUUAAAACUGAAACCUUUACGUUGAAUUUGACUUCUGACUUCUGUUCAAUGAUUGAAACUAAGACUUCCACGCCAAAUCCGACUAUGGACUAACAUAAACUUACCUCUACUCAUAAACUCUUAUCCCUAAUUAUGUAACAAAUUAUUGUGUUACACAUAUCCUUAUGAGUUUGAGUUUGUAAUCUCUGUUAGAGUUUGUAAUCCUUGUCAGAAUACAUACCGUAUUUUUCGCUCUAUAAGGCGCAGCAGACCAUAAGAUGCACCUAGUUUUUGGAGGAGGAAAACAAGAAAAAAAAUAUUCUGAAUUUCAGAAGCCAGAACAACAAGGGGGUAUCGCUGCUCAGCAAAAGCAGCAAUCCUUCUUGCUGUUCCGGCUUCUGGGAUAGCUGCGCAGCCUGCAUUCACUCCAUAAGAUGCACACACAUUUCCCCUUACUUUUUAGGAGGGAAAAAGUGAGUCUUAUAGAGCAAAAAAUACGGUACUUUUGAAUAUAUUAGUUUUUGUUACUAUUGACUAUUGAUUUGUGAUUAGGGACCACUCCCACUAUUGAAACUUACAUUGGCCUGAGUUCUUGGUGUGCUUUUUUCUUUGUAUAUUUAGUAACAAGUACUCAAACUUAUCUUACAUAUCCAACAUGCAACAUAACAAGAUUCCAGUCUCCUGGGCUUCCCUCCUCCCUUUGUGGGUCCUAUUGUGAAUCAUUUCCUCCUGCGUUUUUUAUGAUAAUCCAAAUCUUUUACCUCUCCAUUGUGUCCAAAAUUCACAUUAAACUACAAGUGAUAUUGCAAUCCAACUUACGACUUCAGCUGUUUACAAUGGAUUUUAAGGUAAGUUAUAAAAUUUUGGUCUUCCUGACUUCUGAUUCUUCCGGUCAUUUUAGCCGUUUCGGCAUAAUCCAUCAACCUGAUCUGCCAUUCUUCUCUGGUCAGGACUGCAUCUUCUUUCCAUCUCUGGGCCAAUAACAUCUGCGCAGCCAUGGUCGUGUACAUAAAUUGUCUUUUCUGCUCCCUUGGGAUUUCGGCACCUGAAUGUCAAAGGGUUUUUCACUUCACCCGAUGUAAAUGCCUACCCAGUACUUUCUGGUGGAAGAAAUCCACACCUUGGAGCAAUAUCAUCAGCAAGACCAUCAGCAAUAAAAGGGCAAGGGAUGUCUGUAUGUGGCCAUAUAAUGGGCAAUAGGUGUCCAUGAGGAUGUCCCAGCGCUGAAACCAUCCGGAAUGGUGAUGUAAGCAAAAUCUGCUCCUUUUCCCUUAUGGGGUAUCCAAGAGCCCAUAUAGAGUCCUUAAGUGGGUUCCCUAUCGGUAGGAGAAAAUAACAGAAGCCAACCAGAGAAUACUGAGAAGCAAAGCAGCUAGUAAGCCUGAUCUUUAUUAAACUGUUGCAACAGGGUCCUCACUCACCACACGCAGCAGGAAGGAGGAACCCAGAACAAUGGUGUGCAAGCCCUUAUUUAAACUUUUAAAACUGCCCACCCUGUAGCCCAAGGUAAAGGGUAAAGGUAAAGGGACCCCUGACCAUUAGGUUCAGUCGUGGCCGACUCUGGGGUUGCGGUGCUCAUCUCGCUUUAUUGGCCGAGGGAGCCAGCGUACAGCUUCCGGGUCAUGUGGCCAGCAUGACUAAGCCGCUUCUGGCGAACCAGAGCAGCGCACGGAAACACCGUUUACCUUCCCGCCGGAGCGGUACCUAUUUAUCUACUUGCACUUUGACGUGCUUUCGAACUGCUAGGUUGGCAGGAGCAGGGACCGAGCAACGGGAGCUCACCCCAUCGUGGGGAUUCAAACCGCCGACCUUCUGAUCGGCAAGUCCUAGGCUCUGUGGUUUAACCCACAGCGCCACCCGCGUCUUGUAGCCCAAGACCACCUCCCAAAACAUCAUACAUACAUUCCAGAAGGAGGCAGUCUACAGCAGAGGAGACGGUCUACAGUAGAAAUCCUGCCUGCCAGGGUACCUGAUAAUGGUCAUUGAUUGCAUUACCUGGGCAGCCUGGCCAUUCUUUUGUGAUGGUAAAUACUUUAGUUCCUGAACCCAGGUCACAGGCUCACCCUAUUCAUACACAGAUACGCCCUUAAGACAGGUAAGCAAAAGACAAUGGAGAGGCUUUGCCAUUUCCUUCCUCCUUGCAGAGAAAUAUUUGAGGUCAAUUUGGGAGAGUCAAAAUGGUUUCAGGAUUGUUCUCCUGUGCUAUUUCAGACACACGGUCUACAUACUUAUGUGUUUGCCUUGUAAAUUUAUGAACAUUUAGUUUAUAUAUUUGAGACCUUAGCUUCUUAUAACAAUGGUAUUUGUUUUGUGUCUCUGGGCGUUAGGUCCAUGGCCAAGGUGGUGUCAGAUUCCAGAACUGGGCUAAGACUUAUGGCUCCUCCCCGGAGAUGUAUUUUCAGCCAACUACGGUGGAUGAGAUCAAGGAGGUAAGUGGAGGGAGGUUCCAGUCAGUGUGACUUUCCCAACUUUCCCUAGAUAUCAGGUGUAGGACAGACAAACAAAGCUCACCCUUCUAGCCUUCCAUCUUUAUGGUCUUGGAAGACCAGGAGAAGGAUGCCAUAGCCACAAGCUCAGUGGGGAGCCAGGGUCAGCAAGGGUUAAAAUCACAUGGGAAAAGUCAACAACACAUCUCUGAGAUAUGACUCCAAAAGGAUAGAGCAAGUAAAAAAAGAACGAUGUUUUUGGCCAAGGCCUUUGUCAGCGGCCUUCGUUUUUUCCUACAAUUUACCCAACGUGAGCACCAGAAAACCAUGCACAAUUGAAAUCUCAUCUGAAUAAUCUCCAUUAGUUCAAUCGGCGUGACAUCAAGGAUUUCGAAACGGGGCCUUUCUGACUUGAAUAUGCAAACACUUGUUUUUAACUUGGGUUCAUCAGAGGGGGCAUCGUUGCGUGGUGAGUUCCCGCCUCCGCCCAGUGGAAAUAAAGACACAUGACACAAUUAUUUAGGUUAAUGGGCUAAAAAUGGCCACAACUUUAUUGGUUGCAGGUAAUGAGCAGUAUUGGCUUAGGCAUUGGUCCUAACCGACUAUAUCCGACUUCAGCCCAUCCGCUUGAAGUCCAGGAAGGGUUAACCACCAGUAGGGGGAGUCCUGCUGAUGCACAUCAACUAGGAAACCACGGGGUCACCGAUAGGGGCGUGGCUUAGGCCCUCACCUCCAUAGGCUUCGGACAGGGCCACGGCCCCUGGAAUCCUUUACCAGAAUACCCUUCAAUAUGUGGGGGAGGUGAUGGCGCUUCCUCCCCCCCUCAUCUACAUAACAAUACCCUUACCAAUGCCUAACCGCCAAUGGCGAGGAACUUGUGGUGAUUUGCUGCGAGGUAGGCGAAAAACCAAGUGGCUGGAGAGGAAAAAAUUCCUACCAGGCCCCUCAACGGCGACCAGCCAAGGUCCAUAGCAAUGUCAGAAAGAAAAACCUAAUGGGGGUGAGGGUGGGAAACCGGAGCAGCUGAAGCGGUCAAAAGAGGGAGAUCCCCGGCCGUGCCAGUGUUAAAUAGCGCAGGCCACGCCCCCAGGCCAGCCGAUUGGCUGGCCAGGGGAUGAUGCGGCCGGGGAUUCUUUCAAUCACGCGGAGGCUGAGGCCAGCCCCCACACACGUGGAGGGGGCGUGAAGCCCGCAACCCCACCUCCUCUCCAGCUCGGAAGUGGCUUUGCCAGUGGGGGCUGGUACAGCAGAAAGUGGGAGGCCACUGGUGGGCAGGGCCAACUCAUUCUAGGCUGGUCCCGAUCCUCCUGCUACCUGUUCAAUUCUACAUCUAUGUAUGCUGGCUGGACCUGUGGGAGUUGAGUUCGAAACAUCUGGAGGGCGCCAUGUGAAGGGUGAGCCUUCAGAGAUCAUGGAGGGGAUGGGAAGUGGAAAGGUGGGGUGGAAUAUCAGUGCACCUCAAGGCCUCAGGGUAUGGAUGUGGAACCUGUGACCCUCAAGACUCCAACUCCCAUCAUCCCUGACCACUGGCCAUUCUGGCUGGGGCUGUUGAGAGUUGGAUCCAGCAACAUCCAGAGGACCACAGCUUCCACUUCCUUGAGCUCGGGGGUCUCCUCUGUACCAAUGCCUGGUUGUCCUCUCUGCAGAUCUUGGAUCUGGCCAGGCAGAAGAGUAAGAAGGUGAAAGUGGUGGGAGGUGGACAUUCCCCCUCGGACAUUGCCUGCACGGAUGACUACAUGAUCGAGAUGGGAAGGAUGAACAAGGUGCUCAAGGUAAGAGAGCAGGAUUCUCCCUUUCUGGGUCCUUCUCAUGGCCCACCUAGUUCAGAUUCCACCUCACAGUACCUGGCCAGAGAGAUGACUUGGAGCAGAGCUCAUCCAUGGGGUGACCUCCAGAACGUAUUAGGAGACAUACUAGGAGAGGAGGAAAUUAAAUAAGUCAAACCUUAAACCGCAAUUGUGUGCAAUUUGGGUUAUAAACAGCAACAUUGGGUGAGCAGGAAGCCACUAUGUCAGGAGUGCAUGCAGGAGCCAGACCCUGUGACCAGUAGGGCUUCGCAGGACUGGGGCCUCCCUAAGUUUGUUCUGGAGAGGCAAGGCGCAGCCGCACAGGUGAGGCCGCUUGGUAACUCACUGCACCUGGUGGCAAGAGCUGGGAAGGGAUAUAAGGUCAGCAUUUCCCUUCAGCUCUUUGCCACAGCAACACUUUUCCUGCCUUGCUGCGUUUGACACCUUGCUUCUUGAUCCUUGGACCCCUGACUUCGUAACUCCUUGAUUCUCGGACCCUUGGCUUCCUGAUUCCUGGCUUCUGGACUCCCGUUCCUGCUCUCACCCCACCAUCUUGUCCCCGGUCCCGAUGUCCCCAGCUGGGACUUUGAUCACCCGUGAACCGGACCAUGACACACUAGUUUUGUUGAAUUGGGAUAUAAUUGUCAAGUAACAAAUGUAACUUCCUAUAUGCUACAAAGGAAUAAAAUAUUAUUCUAUAUAGGUAAAGGUAAAGGGACCCCUGACCAUUAGGUCCAGUUGUGGACGACUCUGGGGUUACGGCACUCAUCUCGCUUUAUUGACCAAGGGAGCCGGCGUACAGCUUCCAGGUCAUCUGCCAGCAUGACUAAGCUGCUUCUGGCGAACCAGAGCAGCGCACAGAAACGCCGUUUACCUUCCCGCCGGAGUGGUACCUAUUUAUCUACUUGCACUUUGACAUGCUUUCGAACUGUUAGGUUGGCAGGAGCAGGGACCGAGCAACGGGAGCUCGCCCCGUCACGGAGAUUCGAACCGCCAACCUUCUGAACGGCAAGUCCUAGGCUCUGUGGUUUAACCCACAGCGCCACCCGCAUCCCAUUAUUAUAUAUAGAUGCAGAUAAAAGAGCCAAUCUUGUCGCUUGCAGGUGGACAAAGAGAAGAAGCAAGUGACAGCAGAGGCUGGCAUCCUUCUCUCUGAUCUGAACACCGAGUUGAGCAAACACGGCUUGGCUUUGCCCAUGUAAGUAAGACAACUUUGCAUGUGCUGAAAUGCCACCAAUAUCAGCGCUUAGGGGGGCACCGGGUUGGCAAAGGCCUCUGUGAGUCAAAGGCCCCAGCUGGGAUCUUUCACCCCCGAUGCCCUCUCUUUAGCCAAGACGGCACUCAGAAGCCUUUGUGGCAAAUGAGUUCUUUUGAGGAGUGACCUGCGGGAGGCAAUCGGCUCGCAGCAUCGCAUGCAAAUUUGCUCAGAUGCCCUGACAUCGGGGCCAAAGGAGCCUUUUAAUCACAGAAGGGCUUAAUAAGAUUGACUCCUCUUCUUUUGUCCUUCCAUCUGCAGAAUAAUUGCAGGCUCCCUGCAAUUCAGGACUGUUGUUCUGCUGGAGUUUGGGUGAAACUAUUAGUUGGAAGGAAAGGUUCACGUUGGAGGGGAAAUGUCGAAAAGGCAGGUUUGCCUGCUAAUUUGGGGCACAUUGGAGUGCUAUUUCAGUCGCACCAAGCUGCACACAUCUCAAAGGAAUAUCUGUAUUUUCAGAAAUGCAAAUCAACAGCCAAGGCUCCUUCCUAGUUCAAUGUGCUUGUUCUGCAGCUUGAUGUGCCGUGACAUGCGUGUCUCAUUUCAUUUUGGCGUGUUCAGGAUCCGGAGCAGGUGGCAAUUAAUUACCUUUUGUGCCAAACGUCACGUUCGCUAAUAUCAUUGUCUCAGCAGCCACCUUGGGGAAUAAACAAUAGAGAAAGCCUCUGCCUUCUUGCCUACAGCUCACAUUCCCCCCUUUUCCCCACCUUCAGUCUAGGAGCCGUUUCGGAUGUGACAGCCGCCGGCGUCGUUGGCACCGGAACCCACAACACGGGGCUCAGGCAUGGCAUUUUGGCGACGCAGGUAAGAACCACACGGGCUGUAGCCAGAGGAGUCCAGGUGACUGGCAAGCGAGCAGGUCACACGGCAACUUGUCAGGUAGCAGAAAACUGAUGGUGCAGCUGAGCAGGACUUGAAGAGUAAAAGCUUUGUCCUAAUAUUCACCAGGGGACGCGGGUGGUGCUGUGGUCUAAACCACAGAGCCUGGGGCUUGCUGAUCAGAAGGUUCGCAGUUCGAAUCCCCGCGACAGGGAGAGCUCCCAUUGCUCGGUCCCUGCUCCUGCCCACCUAGCAGUUCGAAAGCACGUCAAAGUGCAAGUAGAUCAAUAGGUACCACUUCGGUGGGAAGGUAAACGGUGUUUCCGUGCGCUGCUCUGGUUCGCCAGAAGCGGCUUAGUCAUGCUGGCCACAUCACCCGGAAGCUGUACGCCAGCUCCCUCAGCCAGUAAAGCGAGAUGAGCGCCGCAACCCCAGAGUCGUCUGUGACUGGACCUAACGCUCAGGGGUCCCUUUACCCUUUACCUUUAAAAUUCUCCAGAAAAGAGAGCUUAUAAGGAGAGCCUGCUGGAUCAGCCCCAAAAGUCCACAUAUCCUAAGACAUAUCUCAGUAAAGGGUAAAGGACCCCUGGACGGUUAAGUCCAGUCAAACUAUGGGGUUGCAGUGCUCAUCUCGCUUUCAGGCCGAGGGAGCCAGCGUUUGUCCACAGACAGCUUUCCGGGUCAUGUGUCCAGCAUGACUAAAAUGCUUCUGGCGCAACGGGACACAGUGACGGAAACCAGAGCGCAUGGAAACACCGUUUACCUUCCCGCUGCAGUGGUACCUAUUUAUCUACUUGUGCUGGUGUGCUUUUGAACUGCUAGGUUGGCAGGAGCUGGGACAGAGCAAUGGGAGCUCACCUCCGUUCCGGAGGCCCAUUCGCAACCUGAAAAGUACGCAACCCACGUCUGCGCGUCUGUGCAUGCGCAGGUCGCGAUUCGCCACUUCUGCGCAUGUGCAUGAUGUCAUUUUGCGUGUCUGCGCAUGUGUGAGCGACGAAACCUGGAAGUAACCCUUUCCGGUACUUCCGGGUCGCUGCGGGACACAACCUGAAAACCCGCAACGUGAAGCAAACAUAACAUGAAGUAUGACUGUACAUAUAUACCUAGGUAUUACUGAAAUGUAUACAGUGGUACCUCGGGUUACAGACGCUUCAGGUUACAUAUGCUUCAGGUUACAGACUCCACUAACCCAGAAAUAGUACCUCGGGUUAAGAACUUUGCUUCAGGAUGAGAACAGAAAUCGUGCUCCGGCGGUGCAGCGGCAGCAGGAGGCCCCAUUAGCUAAAGUGGUGCUUCAGGUAAAGAACAGUUUCAGGUUAAGAAGGGACCUCCAGAACAAAUUAAGUUCUUAACCCGAGGUACCACAGUACCUACUGUUUCACUAAAGGACUUUCAAAUUUGUGCACUCAUUUACCAAAGAUGCGCCGCACUAGCUGCGACGCUUGUCAUUCACAACGGCGGCGCUUGUCAGACUUGGGGGCUCUGGGCGGAUCUUUGCACCCUGGCGGUGCAUAUGCUAAAGACUCCCCUGGUUAGAAGGGACCCCAAGGGUCAUCUAGUCCAACCCCCUGCAAUGUAGGAAUCUUUUUGCCCAACGUAGGACUUGAAUCCGCGACCCAGAGAUCGAGUCUCAUGCUCUACCGAGUGAGCCAUCCUAGUGACUAGAUGUGCCAUUGGUCUCAUCCACCAAACUAUUCUUACGUUCUUACUUUCAUUUCUCUGAUCUGAAUCUUCCAACUUUCAGAUGUCCACAAAAUCUUGUGUUAUGAGAGAGAAAGAGAAACAUUCCUCUAUCUACUUUCUCUCACGUCGCCUUUAACUUGCCUUUUCGUUAAACUGAAAAGUCCCAAACCUCGCAACAUUUCCUCGUAUGGGAGUCACUUCCAGUUUAGGAAAACAUUUUCCUAAACAGAUUUGUCCCGUGGGCAGAUGUAUCCUUCUAGCUUUAAUAAUAAAACAUAGGUGGGGGAUUGCUAUAAGAUCAAUGAUGUGAGAACAGGAAUGGAACCAAACCAGAUGGCAAUUUGACAGGCGGUGAGAUCAUUAGAAGUUUCCCCCUAGAUUUAAGGUGGCAGGAAACGCCGAGGAAAAUUGGGCAUUUUAAAAAUCGUUUGUCUUGCGCCAAGCACCCACAGCGAAACGCUUCCUCAAGAUAUGCAGAGGGAGCCCCCAUAUUUCACACAGCAGCAGUCAGGGCUCCCCAGAAAUGAAGGAAGGUGAGAGGAAAAGGUACAGGGUGUUGCAAAUUCAGCUGGGGGCACCUGGACACCCAAGUGCUUACGUUCAGAAAUGAUGGAAGUUUGUAAGGUCCCCUGAGCACUGAGACAGAAAGGAAGCCUGCAAAAGAGAUUAUUAUUAAUUCAAAGAAUGCGAUUAUUUAUAGACCACUGUUUAGCCAAGACCAGCCCCCAAAGCAGAUUACAAUUAAGCUGCAAUAACAAAGGUGCAAUAACUUUGGGGAUAUAUUAUGGGGAAAGAACUGUCUUUCCUGGCCCCGGGCUGUUACCACUGAGUUAUUUACUUGCUUGGAGCAAAAAAAUCAGUGAUAAAACUCCCACAAACAUUGUGCAUCACUGUUAGACUCAGCUCAGUAUGCUGUCUUCCAGCCUCUGAUAGCCAAGUGCUCUCUGAACAUUUUUGGACUACAACUCCCAUCAGCCACAACCAGCAUGGGUGAUGGGAGUUGUAGUCCACGACAACUGCAGGGUACCAGGAUGACAAAGGCUGCUGUAGUCAUUUAUUUUGCAACCAUCUGUCGUCUAUUGAUUUAGAAGCCAGGAGGGUCUUUGCCCAUCAGAUUAUCUAUUUUAUUUGUUUAUCUGUAACAUUUAUAUGCCACCUUUCUUUCCAAGGAGUCCAAAGUGGUGUGCAUGGUUCUCCUUCUCCCUCACUCAUCCUCACGACAACCCUGUGAGGUAGGUUAAGAGAUAGGGACUGGCCCAAGCUUCAGGUCUGAGUGGGGAUCGAACCCUGGUCUCCCAGGUCCAACACUCUAACCGUUAAUGCCACACUGGCUGGCUUAUAUACACAUGAGAAAGAAGAAGAAGAAGAGUUUGGAUUUGAUAUCCCGCUUUAUCACUACCCAAAGGAGUCUCAAAGCGGCUAACAUUCUCCGUUCCCUUCCUCCCCCACAACAAACACUCUGUGAGGUGAGUGGGGCUGAGAGACUUCAGAGAAGUGUGACUAGCCCAAGGUCACCCAGCAGCUGCAUGUGGAGGAGCGGGGAAGCAAACCCGAUUCACCAGAUUACGAGUCCACCACUCUUAACCACUACACCUCCCUGGCUCUGUUAGAUGUAAGAGGUGACAUGAUUAGCCCAUCUUUGAGUAUCUGAAGGGCUAUUGUCACGUGAAAGAUGGAGCAAGCUUGUUCAAGGAUCUGGAAACUAAGCCUGAUGAGGAAUGGUUGAAGGAGCUGGGUAUGCUUAGCCUGGAAAAGAGGAGACUGAGAGGAGAUAGGAUUUGUUGUUGUUGUUUAGUCAUUUAGUCGUGUCCACCUCUUUGUGACCCCCUGGACCAGAGCACGCCAGGCACUCCUGUCUUCCACUGCCUCCCACAGUUUGGUCAAACUCAUGUUCAUAGCUUUGAGAACACUGUCCCACCAUCUCGUCCUCCGUCGUUCCCUUCUCCUUGUGCCCUCCAUCUUUCCCAACAUCAGGGUCUUUUCCAGGUAGUCUUCUCUUCUCAUGAGGUGGCCAAAGUCUUGGAGCCUCAGCUUCAGGAUCUGUCCUUCCAGUGAGCACUCAGGGCUGAUUUCCUUAAGAAUGGAUAAGUUUGAUCUUCUUGCAGUCCAUGGGACUCUCAAGAGUCUCCUCCAGCACCAGAAUUCAAAAGCAUCCAUUCUUUGGCGAUCAGCCUUCUUUAUGGUCCAGCUCUCACUUCCAUACAUCACUACUGGGAAAACCAUAGCUUUAACUAUACAGACCUUUGUCGGCAAGGUGACAUCUCUCUUCAAAUACCUCAAGGGCUGUCACAUGGAGGAGGGAACAAGCUUGUUUGCUCUGGAGAGUAGGACCCAAACCAAUGGCUUCAAGUUAUGAGAAAGGAGAUUCUGACUCAAUAUCAGGAAGAACUUUCUGACAUUAAGAGCUGAUCGACAGUGGAACAGUCUCCUUCACGAGGUGGUUGACUCUCCAAAUUACAAGAAAGAUGUUCCUAGCUAAAACCUUAGGGAGAACCUUCUAGUGGUGAGAGCUGUUCAGUGGUGGAACGGACUCCCUAGGAAGGUGGUUGACUCUCCAAGGUCACUCAGUGGUCUUUAUGGUCUAGUGAGAACUUGAACCCUGAUCUCUCAGGUCCUAGUCUGACACUCACUAACCACUUUACCACACAAGCUCUCACUGGCACGUGCCAGCAAAAUCGAGGAAGAAACUUGCUGCACCUUGGAGACAAACACAUUAUUAUUAUUUUAAAAAUGGCAUCAUAAGCUUUUGUGCACUUGAAUCCGCGUCAUCAGGUGCAGGAGAAAAACGAUGCCAGCAACUCACCCUAACGAAAUUAAUUGGCAUUUAUUUCCAAGAGGCAAUAACAGGGACACUGAUUUAUCAGGGAUUGGCAGGUAAUGUGAAACUCUCAAUGAUUUAUGAAUCCCACCCAGCCCCCUCCUCGCUCACACACAGAGAGAAGCAAAUUCACCUGAUCUGUGAAUGAAGUAUUUACCAAUUUACCAAUCUCAUACUUCUCAUAGCUUGUUUGUGGGGGUGUUAUGUGGGAGCUGUGGGCUUUGUGUUUUUGGGGAACACAGAGCUCCCCCACUUCCUCGUUAUUUGUGAUAUCAUUACCAUCAUCCCAAGGCUCUUUGCGAGAUGAAUGGCUGUUCCCGGCUCAGAUUUUGCAGCGGCGGGAUGGAUUAUCCGGCUUCCAACGCAAUUGAUAGAUUCCAUGCACCUUGCAAAAAAACAGUGACUUAUAAGAAGUGACGGAUAGGCGGGGGGCGGGGGAAGGAGAAGGGAGGGAAGGAAAAAGGAAGCUAAUAAAAGGGGGCAGGUGAUCGAUAGGAAGACAAAAGAGGCAGGGCAGCCUCUGCCGUCCGGGAAUCGACAUUAGUUAAAAUUCAUGAGCAGCCGUCAAAAACAAGUCCAUAAAAUAACUAAAGGAGAAAAUUCUAAGACAUGAGAGAAGGGUUGGUGGUUUGGCAGUGGAAAGAGGAGGCUGUCAAUCUGCAGUUGCCAGCAGAGACCCCAGAAAUCUUGCAAAGGUCCGCACUUCCCGCACAGCCUGAAAUUUCUCCUUUGCAAUUGGCCCUUGAGUGCAUGAAGACUAGCUGCUGCCGCGCUCCCUCCAAAAUGUCCUACUUUCAGCCAUGGUAACUAUAGUAAAGGUAAAGGGAUCCCUGACCGUUAGGUCCAGUCGUGGCCAACUCUGGGGUUGUGGCGCUCAUCUUGCUUUAUUGGCCAAGGGAGCUGGCAUACAGCUUCCGGGUCAUGUGGCCAGCAGGACUAAGCCGCUUCUGGCGAACCAGAGCAGCGCAUGGAAAUGCCGUUUACCUUCCUGCCAGAGCGGUACCUAUUUUAUCUACAUGCAGAUUGAUGUGCUUUCGAACUGCUAGGUUGGCAGGAGCAGGGACCGAGCAAUGGGAGCUCACCCCGUCACAGGGAUUCAAACCGCUGACCUUCUGAUCGGCAAGUCCUAGGCUCUGUGGUUUAACCCACAGCGCCACCUGUGUCCCAGGUGCAUUCCGCCGGUAACUAUAGAGGCCCUAUAACUCUUGUACCCCAUAUAAGCAUGCAAGAAGCACCUGCUGAAUCAGGGCAAAUGCCCAUCUACUCCAGCAUCCUGUUCUUGCAGUGGCCAACCAGAUGCCUGAAUGGAAACCCCCCAGCAGGAUUUGAGCACAAGAGCAACUCUCCCCUCCUGUGGUUUCCAGCAACUGGGAUUCAGAAACAUUAUUCACUCUGAAUGUGGAGGAAAACUAAGAUUCGAUUUAACUCACCUUAACGGCAACACACCAAGCGACCACACUUAAAAAUCAGCCUUCGGGGCGGAAUGCACCUGAAUCGCAGUAUCCCUCUCUGCUGUCGACAUCUCCAAAUGCAAGAAAGUUGGGCUCUGGUGAAAUCUGGAGGAGGAAAAAGAAGGCUUUGAAGGCUCUGUCUCUCAGGACUGUCCUUCCACAACUUCCACAACUUCUUCCACAAUGGCCCUGCUGGCUUGGACACCAGGAGGGCACCAGGUUGGGGAAAGCUGGUGGAGGAAGAAUGCAGGGCUGGAGCAGAGAGUCAGUCCCUUCUGCUGCCUCCCUGCACCUCCAGGACAGGGUCUGAGCCAAGGUGGUUGGGAAGGCUGCGUCAGAGUCACUGGCUUCCCUGGGCGGCCACUGGCAAACUGGGAGAGAGAUGCCCCCUUGCCCAGGAAACUGGCCCGUUCUUUUACCCACUGCAAAGCUGAGUUUGCUGAAGUGCAUUAUUACAGAUUUAAAAGCAAGAGCAUCCGUGGAUCACAUGAAUGAGGUAAUAAGAAGAGAGUGGCUGGUGGAUCUUGCCAAAGGGGGCCCAUCGAGUCCAGCAUCCUAUUCUCACAGUGGCCGAUGCCCCAAUGGGAAACUUGCAAGCAGGACCCGGACACAAGAGACCCUCUGAUUCUGAGUCCCUUGGUCGCUUUGGGGCAACAGCAUCCCAGCGAAGCAACUCUGAUUCUUCGGCGCCCUCGGCCUCUCUCCCAGGAAGUAGUCAAGCUCAGAACCGUCGCUGCCUCCCCUCUCCGUCUCUUGCUUUCUCAGCGCUCCAGGAUUCAAAUAGAUUUGCAGUAAUUGGCGUCUCACAUCUGCCUCUAAUGGGUCCCAUUUUUCGGGGCUUUAGGCUGCAUUUGCUAGGAUUAAUAUGGCACAGGCAAGAGCCGGCGCUCCUUGGAUGAUUCAGGAUAACCGAGACGUCCUCUUUUGGGCAGCUACCAAGAUGUGUGCCGUUACAGGAAUCUGUAAUGUGGCCACAAGUGUGUAUAGUUCAGAUUGCACCUUAUCUUUCAAAGCAAAGAAAAUCAAUGGGGGGAGGGGUAUAGGGGAAUUUGAAAUAUUAUUUAUAAUAUAAAAGCUUUAAUAUACAAUUUCUAACUGUGUUGUAUUUGUAUACAGCAAAGAGAAGUUUAGAGCAGUUAGGUAUAUUUUAAUUUAGUUAAUUAUGUAGUAGGUUUAUGUUAGAAAAUGAAUAUGGAUGUUGAAUUUGAUGUUUGUAAUUUUUCUUUUUUCGGUUUUGGAAAUAAAAAAAAGAAAUUCAAGGAAUGGCAGGAGUAACUAUGACUCUCUUAUGACCUGUUAUCUGUGGGAAUUAUAAUUAUUAAGGAUGUAACAUUUUCUCUCCGCCCCCCCCUUACAAGACUAGAACUCAGGGGCACCCAAUGAAGCUGAAUGCUAAACGUAUUAAACUGCGGAACUCCCUCCCACAAGGGGCAGUGAUGGUCACCAACUUGGAUGGCUUUAAAAGGGGAUGGGACAAAUUCCUGGAGGAAGAGGAGGGUGGCUGUGUUCUGCCUCCACAGUCAGAGGCAGUGACGCUUUUGAAUACCAGGUGCUGGAAACCAGAGGAGGUUGAGAGUGUUGCUGUUGUGCUCAUGUCCUGAUUGCGGGUUUUAUACAGGCAGCUGGUUGGCCACUGUGAGGACAGGAGGCUGUACUAGAUGGGCCACGGGCCUGAUCCGGCAGACUUUUCUUAAGUCCUAGUGUUGAGAGUACUGAACAAGAUGGACCAAUGGUCUAACUCUAGCUCAGCGUAAGGCAGCUUCCUAUGGGAGCAGCAGGCUUGGCAAAGUCAUAUUGCUGUAUUAAUAAAAAUAGGCAAGCCUCUGAGUUAUACAGGACUCUGUAGCGAGCAGAUACCGUGAUCCGAAACACUGUCACAGAAAGGUUAGCGGAAUUUGCCACCUGGUUUGACUCUGAGUGCAAACAGGCAAAGGGACACCUGCAGAGACCUUACCGUAAAUAUCAGACCUCCAGGUCGCCUCUCUUAUUUACUGCAUACGUCUCACUUAGACGGAAGUAAAGGUAAAGGUCAAGGGACCCCUGGCCAUUAGGUCCAGUCAUGGCCGACUCUGGGGUUGCGGCGCUCAUCUCACUUUACUGGCCAAGGGAGCCAGCAUACAGCUUCCGGGUCAUGUGGCCAGCAUGACUAAGCCGCUUCUGGCGAACCAGAACAGCGCACGGAAACGCCGUUUACCUUCCCGCUGGAGUGGUACCUGUUUAUCUACUUGCACUUGGAUGUGCUUUCGAACUGCUAGGUGGGCAGGAGCAGGGACCGAGCAAUGGUAGCUCACCCCGUCGCGGGGAUUCGAACCACCGACCUUCUGAUCAGCAAGUCCUAGGCUCUGUGGUUUAACCCACAGCGCCACCUGCGUCCCUAGAUGGAAGUACAAACAGCUAAUUAAAUGGAAAAGACAGAGAGCCGAAAGAAACGCCUGGUACAGCCUAAUAAAUGCCUCGCACAACAAGGACACAUCCUGUUUCUGGAGUACCAUAUCAGGCCUACUGGAGCAUGAGCGUAGUGGGCCAAUUUGUACUGUCGAACCCCAAGAAUGGACGCAGUACUACCGCUCCCUUUUCCAAGACCAGGAUGCUCAGCUUAAUCACCCAACAGUAUCUCCAGAAAACUUACUAGCUUGGCCCUCAGUGUCCACAACUGGAAUGAGGAUAUUGGCUUACCAGUUCUGCCGCUCUCUCUCUUUUUAACAAAAAAACAAAACACCGUAGCAAACAGCAUGAUGUGGAAAUGACAAAACCUCAGCUGCAAACUUUGCAGAGUGAUACGCAGACCGCUUUCAAUUGCUUUUCCGUGUGAUUUCCCUGGAGCAUGUUUUCUCCUCCGGACCUCUUUGACCUCGCAAAAUUACCUAUAUGGAGAAAAGGCUGAGCAUCAGAGCGGUGCUUUGCUCAAGGUCCCUCUGGGGCUCUUAAUUCUACACUCCUCUCAUUCUGCGGCUUCCCUGUGCGAGGUUAAGCACAGUCAGAGCUGUCAUUGUUAAGGAGGAAUUCAGUCAAACUGACAGUGCUGUGGUUUCACCUUGAGCAGGCAAACUCUGCAAUCAGGACAGCAGAAAACAAUUGCCAGCCAAGCCGGUCCAUGAAGGAAGAGCGAACAGGAGCCAGGAGGAAAUUUGUUAUGCAGAGAGGUUGGUAGGAAGGCUGGCGCUUAAAGUCGGCUCACUUGCACCGCCUGCUGGAGCAAAGGCUCAAGAGCUCGGAGGAGAGUUAAAGGGAUGAGCUUUGGGUUCCCAGAAGUUGCUGAACUACACAGCGUAUCAUCCCCAGCCACCUUAGCCCAAUGCAGAAAGGUUGCAGUGUUUGGGGCUUUUCCGUUUUAAAGAAAAGGUGAGCGAGAGGCAAGAUGGUAGGAGCUUAUAAAAUUACACACGGCAUGGAGGAAGUUUAUUGUGUCCAAUUCUGGGUGCCACAAUUUAAGAAGGAUGUUGACAAGCUGGAAGAAGUGCAGAAGCGGGCAACUGAGAUGAUCAAAGUAUCAGCUUCGCCUUUGAGCCAGUGCCACCGACUGGACUCAACCUCUUCAGCCCCGACUGGGCCAGGCGAGCUGGAAAGCACUUCCAGAGACCUUCCACGCAGGAAGCAGGUCUAAGUGCUGUGGACUCACAACUCAGAGCUGUGAGCACCAAACUCACUUCCAGUAGUCAGCGGAGCACAGCAGAGCACGAACCACACGAACGACAGCUUCUGUAGAAGAACUUCUUUUAUUCUCUACAGCUACUAUACAAACUAACUACAGACUAAAUGGAGACGCUGGAUUGCACUGAGUGUUAGGAGCUUAUCUACACACAGAUAACACUCAGACUCCCCCUUUGAAGUCAGGCUGGAGCGGAAUAAGUAAUGAGCAAAAUCCGCCCCCUCCUUUCUGAAACAUCAGCAGAUUCUUGCAAUGGGAGGGGUGAAAUAUCCUCACAAAGGUCUGGAAACCAAGCCUGAUGAGGAAUGUUUGAAGGAGCUGGGUAUGUUUAGCCUGGAAAAGAGGAGACUGAGAAACAGGACUAAGAUGCGGAGAUAUGCUCCAGAGAUCCAGACCGUGGGGAGCCCCAAGAAAUUUAUAAAUACAAUUUGGACUAUAAUUUGAUCUUUUUAUUUUUGUUUUUUGUUUUUUAAUUGAAGUAUUAUGAUUGGAUAUUUAAGUGGAUGUUUUUUUAAUUGGAAAAUCAAUAAAAAUGAUUUUUUUAAAAAAAGAAAAGAGGAGACUGAGAGGUGAUAGGAUAGCUAUUUUCAAAUAUCUCAAGGGCUGUCACAUGGAAGAGGGAGCAAGCUUGUUUUCUGCUGCUCUGGAGGGUAAGAAUUGAAUCAGUGGCUUCAAGUUACAAGAAAGGAGAUUCCCUCUAAAGACCAGGAAGAACCUUAUGACAGUAAGAGCUGUUCAACAAUUGAAUGGUCUCCCAUUGUGGACUCUCCUUCCUUGGAGGUUUUUAAGCAGAGGUUGAAAGACCAUCUGUCAUGGAUGCUUUUGUUGAGAUCCCUGCAUUGCAGAGGGUUGGCCUUUCUCAACCUGUGGGUCCCCAGAUGUUGUUGAACUACAACUCCCAUCACCCCUAGCUAGCAAGGCCAGAGCUCAAGGAUGAUGGGAGUUGUAGUCCAACAACAUCUGGGGACCCACAGGUUGAGAACCGCUGGACUAGAGGAUACCAAGAGCUCCCUUCCAAUUCUAUGAUUCUGUGAAUUGGAACACUUCUUCCCAGCAAAAUCUCAGCUGUGGGGGGUGGAUGGAGAGGGGGCCCCUUCAGGCGCGAGGAAAGAUCUCUGUGGGCAGAUGUGCACCCAUGCGCCCCACCUGCCAGACCUGACUACAGGCAAUCGAAUGUGAGAACCAACUCCAGCAGGGAGUGCCCAGUUUGGGUCACUAUGAAGACUCCCCCUGCAGUGUUGCGUCUGGGACACGCCAUUCACCAACAUUGCCAGCUCACAAACGAUCUAGCAGCUGAACCUAAAUGUCACCUGAGAUAGAAGAUGUCAUGGCUUGAUAAAGCUAAAGGGACCCCUGACCAUUAGGUCCAGUCGUGGAUGACUCUAGGGUUGCGGCGCUCAUCUCGCUUUAAUGGACGAGGGAGCCGGCGUAGAGCUUCCGGGUCAUGUGGCCAGCAUGACUAAGCCGCUUCUGGCAAACCAGAGCAGCGCACGGAAGCGCCGUUUACCUUCCCGCUGGAGGGGUACCCAUUUAUCUACUUGCAUUUGACGUGUUUCGAACUGCUAGGUUGGCAGGAGCUAGGACCGAGCAACGGGAGCUCACCCCGUUGUGGGGAUUCGAACCGCCGACCUUCUGAUUGGCAAGCCCUAGGCUCUGUGGUUUAACCCACAGUGCCACCCCCGUCCUUCCGUGGCUUGAUAGACCCCAGACUAAAGCAUGUCUCCCUUUCCUCUUACUUCCCCCUGGCAGGUGGUCGCCUUGACACUGUUGACGGCUUCCGGGGAAACGCUGGAGUGCUCUGAAUCUGUGAACACUGAGCUGUACAGGGCAGCCUGCGUCCACCUGGGCUGCUUCGGCAUCAUCCUGACCAUCACCUUCCAGUGCGUGCCAGAGUUCUACUUGCAAGAGACGACCUUCCCGUCAACGCUCAAAGAGGUAAAAUAACGGUGUCAGGGAAACAUUUUGUUGUUGUUUAGUCAUUUAGUCGUGUCCGACUCUUUGUGACCCCCUGGACCAGAGCACGCCAGGCACUUCUGUCUUCCACUGCCUCCCGCAGUUUGGUCAAACUCAUGCUGGUAGCUUCGAGAACACUGUCCCACCAUCUCAUCCUCUGUCGUCCCCUUCUCCUUGUGCCCUGCAUCUUUCCCAGCACCAGGGUCUUUUCCAGGGAGUCUUCUCUUCUCAUGAAGUGGCCAAAGUUUUGGAGCCUCAGCUUCAGGAUCCGUCCUUCCAGUGAGCACUCAGGGCUGAUUUCCUUCAGAAUGGAGAGGUUUGAUCUUCUUGCAGUCCGUGGGACUCUCAAGAGUCUCCUCCAGCACCAUAAUUCAAAAGCAUCAAUUCUCUGGCGAUCAGCCUUCUUUAUGGUCCAGCUCUCACUUCCACACAUCACUACUGGGAAAAACAGAGCUUUAACUAUAAGGACCUUUGUUGGCAAUGUGAUGUCUCUGCUUUUUAAGAUGCUGUCUAGGUAAACAUUAGGAAACAUUAGGAAGAACUUUCUCUGGUAGGAGCCUUUGGACAAUGGAAAGGACUCCAUUGAAAGGUGAUGGGCUCUCCUUCAUUGGAUGUUUUUAAGCAGAGGUUGAAUGACCAUAUGUCACAGAUGCUUUAGCUGAGAUUCCUGCACUGCAGGGGGUUGGACUAGAUGACCCCUGGGGAUCCCUUAGCCCUCUAAAAUUUUACGAGUCUAUGAAUCAAACUAACACUUUUUUGAGGUGUGUGUUUUAUAUAAAUGCAGUCUCCAAGAACAUCUCUUGGCAGGACAAAUGAUCCUAGAACACUUCAGCCAGCCUGCAAUUGCAAUUAGUUAAUGAAUAUUCUUCCCACACGCCUACCGUCUUCGAGUGUCUCAUUUGUUAGAAAAUCUUUUAAGCUGAGGACUUUAACUAGGAAGAUUAAGUGACUUGCAAGGAGUAUCUGUUCUUUGGAAAUAGAUUUUUCAUUGUCUGCUGUGUUUGUGUGCCUUUUCCCAUGCAACCUGAAUUCUUAACCAUUUGUUUGCUACACGUAAGCCUGGGAAAAUAUUUCUGCUUUAAAAGUAAAGGUAAAGGGACCCCUGACCAUUAGGUCCAGUCCUGACCGACUCUGGGGUUGCGGCGCUCAUCUCGCUUUAUUGGCCGAGGGAGCCGGCAUACAGCUUCCGGGUCACGUGGCCAGCAUGACUAAGCCGCUUCUGGCAAACCAGAGCAGCACACGGAAACGCCGUUUACCUUCCUGCCGGAGUGGUACCUAUUUAUCUACUUGCACUUUGACAUGCUUUCGAGCUGCUAGGUUGGCAGGAGCAGGGACCGGGCAAUGGGAGCUCACCCCAUUGCAGGGAUUCAAACUGCCAACCUUCUGAUUGGCAAGUCCUAGGCUCUGUGGUUUAACCCACAGCGCCACCUGUGUCCCGCUAUUUCUGCAUUAGCCUGCACCAAUUCCCCCCCUUUUUUUGUCUUUUAAAAUUCUCCUAAACAUUUUUGUGUACCAUUUUGGCUCAUAUACACACUUUUGCAAGCCGUUUUGCAAAGCAUUUUGAAAUCCCGUUCUCACUAAAAUACAGUGGUACCUCUGGUUACAUAUGUUUCAGGUUACAGAUGCUUCAGGUUACAGACUCCGCUAACCCAGAAAUAGUACCUCGGGUUAAGAACUUUGCUUCAGGAUGAGAACAUAAAUCGUGCUCUGGUGGUGCAGCGGCAGCUGGAGGCCCCAUUAGGUUAAGAACAGUUUCAGGUUAAGAAUGGACCUCCGGAACGAAUUAAGUACUUAACCCGAGGUACCACUGUGUCCAUUUUUGUGCAUAUUUUCUCUUAAUGCAGUCAUUUUUGUGAACAUUGCUUUUGGCUGACGAGCCCUACCACAAAAAUCAGGGAAGGGGCGAUUUCUUGAGGGAUAGCUGUGUGCAUGAUUUGUGCAUGAUUUCCGGAAGCAAGGAUUAGAAUCGUAGAGUCGCAGAACUGUAGAGUUGGGUUAGGUGGGGCUUGCAUUAAAAUGCGACGUGGACCAGGUUUUGCUCCAUAGCCUCUCUCCAAGGUCUGAGGCUGAAAUAAGCCUUUUCUUUUCCUCACUUUCCUAGCUGAGGUCUCUUUGAGCUGCACUGAGGUCAGGACAUUUUGCAUGCACUCCGCUGCUUUGCUGAGGACACCGCCGGGCACUCACUACAGCGGCACAGAAGGGACACCUUCGGGUUGACAGUGAUGAAUUGGGUUUGCUUUGCAGUUCACCUCUGGGGGUUCACGACCAGGCAGUGCAGGAUGGGAGCAUCCGGGAGCCUGAAGGCGGUGGCUGCGAGGGAAAUGGAGCGAAGGGAUCUAAAGGGGCGUCAGUCAUGGCCAGAAGGACUGAGGUUAGCAUAGUGAGCAUAUGCCGGGGCGAGGGAGUUCCUCCCCAGCCAGCCCAUCUCAAAAAAGGAUAUUGCAGAGCUCAGAAAGGUGUCAGAAAGGAACACCCAAACCAGCCAAGGAGCUGGAGCACAAGGAAGCAGAGGCAGCUGUCUUUAUACCAAGUCCAUCUAGGCUAGUAUUGCCAGCACUGACUGGCAUCAGCUCUCCAGGGAUUCCAGAAAAGGACUGAAAAAUACUCGGAGUCGAGAGUGGAUUUCAUGCGCUUUAUUCAGCUCAUAGUAGUGAGGAAUGGAAGUUUUCCCGAACUGUCUGCUUUAUAUAUAUUAUUUCCACAAUGGGCCCCACGUGAUUGGCUAACUCCGGGAUUCUCCUGUAGGCCAAUCAGGUUGCGGAUUCACUUCCACCUGUAAGGUGUAAGUUGUUAAAAUGACCACACAGGAAGCGUCCCUCUGCCAGGAAGUGGUGAAGUUGUGGAGAGAUUGUCUCUUCCAGGCCUAUAUCUAGAUAGGCAGAGACCAAAAUAAAUAUAAAAUAGAGCUGCGUUUAAUUAUGUAAUCAGAUAAUCAAAUUAAUUUGCUGAAUUUCUUGAGAGGUCGUGUCUUGAGAGCAAAAGCACAGAGCAUCAAGGUUUCUAAAUAUAUCUCGUGUUUGGAACAAGGGUGGUUUCUGAAGAUGGCAAAAGUGAGGGGGAAAUCUGUAUAUUGGGGAGAAAGAGGUAAACCAUUAAGAUAACCAAAAGUCUGCUUUUAAAGUCGCUGUCUAAAGCGCUCAGAGGUUUGGCGAUUUCUAUCGGUGGUUCCUAACCACAAUGCCUCCACUUUUGGAGAGGAGAUUGGGUCUUGUGUUCAAAUCCUGGUUGUUGGUUUCCCAUAAUGGACAUCUGGUUGGCCAUUGUGAGAGCAGAGAAAGGGCUCUUUCGACAUUCACACUCCCUGCGCCUGUGUCUCGCCUGGCUCUUUGGGUCAACCUCAGUUCAAAGGUAAAAAACAGCCGACUCUCUUCCCUGGGCGUUGCGCUGCAAGGCGGAUCGCCUCCAUCGGCCAGAGAAACAAGCCAACCUCGGCCGUGAUCGAUGUUCAGGCAGGCAUUUGACGAAGGCAGCAUCUGCCCUGGAAGGGUCUAUUUUGGGGCUGGCCUGUCCUCUGAAAUCAAGCUCUCUCAUAAACAGGCAGCAGGACUGACAAAACGCAACCCAACCCCCCCCCCCCAAGGAAAUGCAGAUCGCACAUGAUAUGUGGCCCCCGCAAAUCUUAUUAAGAAGAGCUGCAGAGCUGCACUCUUGUGGCAUUUUGACCUCUCCGGGCUUCCAUUUGCAUCCCAGUAGGAAGUUUGGAUGGAAGAAGAAAUUCCGACGAAAGAAGAAUGGCAGACGAAAUGAAUGGACUACGCAGAAUUGGACAAAAUGACAGGAAGGAUUCGAAACCUGCGGGACCAGAGAUUUAGGGAAGAUUGGAAGAAGUAUAUGAAUUAUUUGAAGGGCAACUGUAAUCAACAAAUUACGCUAGUAGGACUACAAGAAGUUUUGUAAGGAGAAAUAUACGAUGAGUUACAAAGUAGAAAAAGAUAGAGAUAUUGGUCAUGAAGAGUUGGACAUGACUAAACAACUGAACAACAACAACAACCAGCUUUCCCCCCAGGUUUGCUUUGCUUGCUUCCCACCAGUUGCAUAAAUGCUCUUAAAUAUUAAAUCGCUUCCCCCCAAAGCUUUGCCUCUUCUCCAGCGCAGCUUAAUGGUGCAGAGUUAGGAGAAGGGUGGCGGAGGCUGUUUGUUUCGUUGUGCCUCCCGCUGCUGCCAUGAACAAUUCCCUUUGGCCCUCGCGCAUUAUGCGUCUCAUUGCUCCUGGUUUUGCCCCUGAGCCGCAGCAAUGGGCUGUGCAAGCAGAUGCGGCUUUUAUGUCCAGCAGAACUGCCUGGCUCUGCCAUUGAGCCAUUGAAGUCCCGUGUCGUCGUCUCCUCAUUUGCUAUGUCCAUUUUGUGCUCAUUAGCUCUCCUAUUCUCUUUGCCUCGAGCACAUCAUCAUGAGGGUAGUAAUGAGGUUUCAUGGAACUCCCUCUGCCUUAUCGCAUCCUUCAGCUGAUACCCUCCUUCCCUUUAUUUUUAAAUAAAAAGCUACUGUGAGAGCGAGUUACAAAAGCCAACCCAAAGAGUUUUUGGAGGUUACAUUUUUAUUUCCUUUUUAUUAAAGUUUCCACUUUAACAAUCCAAUCAAAUCACAUUAAAUAGUCCAAAUUAUACAUUGUUGUUGUUUAGUCGUGGACCCCCUAGACCCGAGCACGCCAGGCACUCCUGUCUUCCACUGCCUCCCACAGUUUGGUCAAACUCAUGCUGGUGGCUUCGAGAACACUGCCCACCACCUCGUCCUCUGUCGUCCCCUUCUCCUUGUGCCCUCCAUCUUUCCCAACAUCAGGAUAUUUUCCAGGGCGUCUUCUCUUCUCAUGAGGUGGCCAAAGUCUUGGAGCCUUAGCUUCAGGAUCUGUCCUUCCAGUGAGCACUCAGAGCUGAUUUCCUUCAGAAUGGAGAGGUUAGGGUGACGAGUGCCAGAGUGCAUGGAAAUGCCGUUUACCUUCCCGCCACAGCGGUACCUAUUUAUCUACUUGCACUGGCGUUCUUUCGAACUGCUAGGUUGGCAGGAGCAGGGACCGAGAAAACAGGAGCUCACUCCGACACAGUGAUUUGAACCGCCAACUUUCCAAUCAGCAAGCCCAAGAGGCUCAGUGGUUUAGACCACAGUGCCACCCGUGUCCCUCCAGUUGCUGUAAACCGAGGGGGGAAAGUUGCUCUUGAACUCAGGUCAUGCUUCAGGGUUUGUCUGAAGAGGCAUCUAGUUGGCCACUCUGAAAGCUAGACUAGAUUGGCCCCUAUUGCCUGAUCUAUCUUCAUAUGUUCCUAAGCUUUGGAGGGAUUUAAGCUAGAGAGUUGGAGCUGAGCUGAACGAUUAAGCACCCUCUCCUCCUUACCCAAAUUGCAUCACCCAAAUUACUUGGGCUGUUUCAGUCAUGCAACUUGGUUAUAACAUGUAGUUCAGCUCUUAGGCAGAUAGACUGGUUUCUUACUAAUGAAAUUAAUUUGACGCUGACAGUUCAGGGGGGUCCCUGCUGCAUCACCAUUAGAAGAGCCAGCUGGAUCAGGCCAGCACCCUGUUCUCCCAGGUGCCAGACAGAUGCCCCACUGGGAAACCAGCAAUCAGGAUUCGAACACAAGACCAGCCCUCUCUCCCUCCUGUGGUUUCCAGCAACUGCUGUUCAUAGGCACAAUGACCACAGAGUUCAUAGACCACAGAGUUAAAACAUUGCCAUUGAGGCCAAUCACCAUGGGUAGUAGCCUUUUCCUCUGUUACUUUGACUAAGCAAUUUGUGAUGGUAUCCAACUUGGUGGCCAUAAUACAAUCAACAACGCCUACUUCUUAUGGGAUUACCAGCAGGGAUGGAAUAACUAUGCACAGUCAUUACAAAACAUCCAGCAUACCUGAAAUAGUUGUGCGGCAGACCAUAAAUAGCCAGAUGAACGAGAAGCAGUUUCUCAACACUACAUCAUCCUGGCCUCUGACCUCUUCUGUGUUGCCCUAAGACCAACAUUGCCUUUUCCCCCCAAACAUUGUUAUGGGCUAAGAAUAGAUAACUUUGAGGAAUGUGCCAUGUCUGCAGACGGUGCCCAGACCUUUGUUUCCCGAGUCAUCAGAAUUUAUUCUUGUCCUCCUCGUGGUCAAAGUCCUCUUCGUCUCACCACCAAGACUCAGCACCCCAGCUUACAUUCCUGGCAGGAGCGCCUUUUAAAAAUCUCUUUAUUUAUUUCUAAAUCUGCCUCAAAAUGAUCCUGGGACAGUUUCCAAUGUGUGAUGGCCUGGGAAUCCGAUUCAGAGGCUGAACCGGAGGAAUCCCAGCCUGCACAGGAGUCCCCGCCUCCAGGGCCGGCUGAACUGGGGCAGGGGCUUGAUUCUGAAGCGCCUGCACCUGUGCCGGAUCCUCAGGAGCAGGCACCAGGUGAAUCCACUCUGGCUCCGGAGAUGGUUGAGGACACAGUGCCUACAGGUGAGUCUCCCCCUGGGUCCAGUAACCCUUCAGCCUCUCCUGAGCUGCAGAGGCUCAGGGCAGAGAGGCGGAGGGAACUGGUUUCUCCCAGGAGGAGUGCUCGCCUUAAGGCCAGGAGAGGCGGGUCUCCUGGGGGCCGGGACCGCCCCUGGCCUCAGAGAAGAUAAAGACCAGUCAGCCCGGUCCCAGGUUGCGGGAGCAACGUUGUUGAUGAGCUGUUUCGGCCAGCAUCCAGUCCUGUUCCCCCAGAGUUCCUGUUCUUGCCCGGCUCCUCGCUGUGGACCCCGCUUCACCCGUGGAGGACUGUCUGCCGACCCUCGACUCAGGUCCUGGACCUCGCCCCACGGUAACCUCCCCCCUGGACCAGCACACAAUGUUUGUUGUUGGCAUCUGUCUAUCUCAAGAUGUAAUGGAGUGAGCCUCCGGGGGUGAAGUCCAACCAUUGUGUUUGCAGCACUGAAGUGACCACUCCAGAGUGCAAGCUUGGGCAGUGUACAUGGAGACCCCCCUCUCAGCCUCCCUGUUGUGGUCCAAAGGAAAGCUGUGCUGGUCCCGUGGGCUAACCGAGAGGCGAGAUCCGAGGCCAGUCUGAGGUCGAAGGUGCAGUAUGGAGGCUGUCCGUCAAAGCUGAAGCUGGGUCCAAGGCAAGGAGUCUGCUGUGGUCAGGAACUCCGGCAGGACAGGGUGCAGGCAGGAACAGGCUACCAACAAUGUUGCUCCCGCAACUUGGGACUGGGGCUGGCUGGCUUUUAUCUGCUCAAAGGCACAGGGCGGCCCCGAUCCUCAGGUGACUCGCCUCUCCAGGCCUGUAGGCGAGCACGCCUCCUGCAGGAACUUAGUUCCCUCUGCCUCUCUGCCCUGAGCCUCUGCAGCUCAGGAGAGGCUGGAGGGUUCCUGGACCCAGAGGCAACCUCCACUUCCUCUGACGGGGCUGAGAGUGGAGCACCUGCAGGCUAUGGGUCCUCCAUCACCUCAGGAGCCAGAGCAGACUCAGCUGGUGCCUGCACCUGAGGAUCCAGCACAGGUGAGGACCCUUCGGGCUCAUGCCCCAGCCCCGGCUCAGCUGGUUCUGGAGGCGGGGAAUCCUGUGCAGGCUGGGAUUCCUCAGGUUCAGCAUCCGAAUCCAAAUCCCAGGCCAUCACAAAAGCAGAGCAAGACGUUUGACACCAGCUUGGUGGCAGGAGUUGGCAUACGAGGUGCCAUCCAAGCGUCUUAGGGACCCCAGUCCAGAUGUGUGUAGGGUUUACUCCCUAGCCUUUUCUUCUCCUGAAGAUAUCCUGCAAGGUGGUGGAGGUUCAGGAUCAGAGCCUUCCUAGACCAGGCAUAGGCAAACUCGGCCCUCUAGAUGUUUUGGGACUACAAUUCCCAUCAUCCCUGACCUCUGGUCCUGUUAGCUAGGGAUGAUGGGAGUUGUAGUCCCAAAACAUCUGGAGGGCCGAGUUUGCCUAUGCCUGGGCUAAACUCCCCAUCUGACUUCUCUCUGCAGCACAUUCAGAAACUGCCGACUUGACCGUUGGACGCACUCUUGGUCUCGUCUGCUCAAUCUGCCGGAGCCUGUCUUCGCAUGCAGGGAGGUCCCUAUGUCAUGGAGGGUUUGAGACCUAUCGGCUGCCCUCACACCAUUUCCAAGCCGUUUCCUAGGGUUGUGGCUGCUGUGACAGCUUCUAGGAGCCACAAGUGAGAGCUGAGUCAGGGAGAAGACCAGAUGUAGACAAACUGCCCCAGAAGGAGCAGGACACAUUCCCCACCAGAGGUGCUUCCCCUCCUCGAACACCCAAAUUUGCCAGCAAUACAUAAUGUACAACAUACACAUCAAAGACCCAACAAUGAUGAAAGCGACCAAUAAAUUUAACUCCCAAGGACAACACCGUGACGAUACCAGAACCAAUGGAUGGUCUCUCUCAUUUACUCCAGAUGCCCAGGAGAAUGGUAUUUGGUGGGGCCCAUCCAAAGCUCCACCACCUAUACUUCAACAGGAAGGGCAUUCUGGUCAGGGGGCCGUAACACAGAAGGCCAUGCUGUCCCUCCAGCGUCGGAGGCAGUCUGCCAGUUUCUGGGGAUCGCAAAUAGGGAGAACACUGUUGCUCUCUGACUCUGAAGAGUAGAAGACAAGAGUUUGGAGUUGAUAUCCCGCUUUAUCACCUCCCCAAGGAGUCUCAAAGCGGCUAACAUUCUCCUUUCCCUUCCUCCCCCACAACAAACACUCUGUGAGGUGAGUGGGGCUGAGAGACUUCAGAGAAGUGUGACUGGCCCAAGGUCACCCAGCAGCUGCAUGUGGAGGAGCAGGGAAGCGAACCCGGUUCACCAGAUUACGAGUCCACCGCUCUUAACCACUAAAGCACACUGACUCACUCUCUCUCUGCUUAUGGGCUUGCAGUUGGGGCAUCUUUUGGGCCGCUACGAGAAGAGGAAGCUGGACUAGAUCCUUUGGCCUGAUCCAGGCUCUCCUUACAGUCUUGAAUUCCUUUAUCUGCGAUUCCUGCAUUGCAAGGGUUUAGACUAGGUGACCCCUGGGUUCCCUUCUAACCAUACACUUCUAUGAUUCUAUUCUAUGUGCGCCAGCAAAUAACCAUCAAGGCUUGCUUUUUUUGUUUAAAAAAACCACCACCGUUCUUCCUGGGGAGGCGAAAACCAUUAGUGGCCUCGGCCAAAUUGCCAGUCCACCCACUUGCCAUAACCCUGGACGAAUCUGUUUGGACUUCUGUGCUGGACCCGGAGGAGAAAACAGAAGCCAGGCUGAUCAUGUAACUCGCACUCAUCUCAGGAGGCGGCCAUGAGACAAAUCAGCCAUGGGCACCGCCUGCUCCUCCACGUUCGCUGCUACCUUCCUUUUCAACCUUCAAGUAGAGAAGCAACAUCCAUUACCAAAGAUAGCGUCCGCAUGAUAAAUGGGCGCAGUAAUUGUCCAAUUCGUCUUCUUUAGGAGCGGCUUAGCUCUCAAGCGUUCUGUGUCGUCAGGGACAUCCCUGACUCAAACUUUCCUUUCUUCUUAAAGUUCAUUAUCUUUGCAACGCCAGUAGCUCCAGGACUCUCUGUUUGCAACCAGCAGCCUUCAGUUGCUUCGUAUUUUCUCGUAGAUUCAAGGCGUCUUUCCAAACCACAGCGUCAAAGCGGCUGCAGAGAAUGCAGACCUCUCUGGCUCAGGACAGGGGCAUGUAAACACCGAGGACCAGAUCCAGAUUUGUUCAGAGAAGGGAAGCACCAUGUAAAUGCUAAUCUCCCCAUUAAUCCUGCCUGUCAGGGCCCAUUUCCCAGUCUCUGUGUCGGUGGGCCCAGCGAAGUGGAAGGGGAGCGAGCGAGCGUGGAGAGGCUUGAAAUAUUCAUGCCAAGGGAGGAGAUGUCCUCAGCUCUGGCAGCGGAUAUACGUUGUGGAAAGAAGCCUCGGUCUAGUCUCUGCCACAGAUUAGUGCUUAUGUAAGGCUACCCUCCUUCUCGCUCUCUCUCCCGUGGCUGCUUUUUUCUUGUUGUUGUUUGUUGUUUAGUCGUGUCCAACUCUUCGUGACCCCAUGGACCAGAGCACGCCAGGCACUCCUGUCUUCCACUGCCUCCCGCAGUUGGGUCCAACUCAUGCUGGUAGCUUCAAGAACACUGUCCCACCAUCUCGUCCUCUGCCGUCCCCUUCUCCUUGUGCCCUCCAUCUUUCCCAACAUCAGGGUCUUUUCCAGGGAGUCUUCUCUUCUCAUGAGGUGGCCAAAGUCUUGGAGCCUCAGCUUCAGGAUCUGUCCUUCCAGGGAGCACUCAGGGCUGAUUUCCUUAAGAAUGGAUCGGUUUGAUCUUCUUGCAGUCCAUGGGACUCUCCAGAGUCUCCUCCAGCACCAGAAUUCAAAAGCAUCCAUUCUUUGGCGAUCAGCCUUCUUUAUGGUCCAGCUCUAGAGAGCCAGUGUGGUGUAGUGGUUAAGAGUCACGUAAUCUGGGGAACCGGGUUCGUGUCCCUGCUCCUCCACAUGCAGCUGCUGGGUGACCUUGGGCCAGUCACACUUCUUUGAAGUCUCUCAGCCCCACUCACCUCACAGAGUGUUUGUUGUGGGGGAGGAAGGGAAAGGAGAAUGUUAGCAGCUUUGAGACUCCUUAAAGGGAGUGAAAGGCAGGAUAUCAAAUCCAAACUCCUCCUCCUCCUCUUCUUCUUCUUCUUCUUCUUCUUCUUCUUCUUCUUCUUCUUCUCUCACUUCCAUACAUCACAACUGGGAAAACCAUAGCUUUAACUAUACAGACCUUUGUUGGCAAGGUGAUGUCUCUGCUUUUUAAAAUGCUGUCUCCUUCAUGGAUCACUGCCUUGCCAUGGCAAAGGGACUUGAAUAACUCAAAGAAGCUAUGAGCUAUGCCGUGUAAGGCCACCUAAGAUGGUCAUAGUGGAGAGUUUUGACCAAACGUGAUCCACCUGGAGCAGGAACCGGCAAGCCACUCCAGUAUCCCUGCCAAGAAAACUCCAUGGACAAAGACAACUGGCUUUUUUCUUAGAGGUUACCAAAGCAAUAUUGGGCAGUGAAGAAUCCUGCCAGCUGCAAGGGCAAAAGCCUUUUUCCUGGAAGGAUUUCUGCAUCCUGUCAGAGGCAGGUGGUUUCCCCCUUGGAAGAUAAGAGGCUGUUGGAUCAGGCCAAUGGCCCAACUAGUCCAGCAAUCCUGUUCUCACAGUGGCCAACCCGGUGCCUGUGGGCAGGAUUCGCACACAAAGCCAAUCUCCCCUCCUGUGGUUUCCAGCAACUGAAAUUCAGACGCAUUGCUGCCUCCAGCCGUGGAUUUGCUUGCAAAGGGCACACCUGGAGCAGAACGACUCCUGGAACCUCAAGAGAACCUCCAUCUUUUACUCGACAGCCUUUGCUCGUACGUUCCAGCCUGGGAAUCAUGGCAACGAUUCUUUUUGGCGCUCGGCCCCUGUGCCAGCACCUGUGGUUUUUCAAAAUCGUUAUUUCUGCUUGCCUUCCAAAGUGCUUUUCUUGAAAAGGUGCAAAUCAAUGGUGCCACGGGGUUUAGAUGUUACAUUUCAUUGCGCCAAUUGAAUUUCAUAAUCCCGCUAUUCACUGCCGGAGGAGCUGUGUAGGCGAGCGAGGACGGCCAUCGGUGCCCUUUCCCCCGCAUAAAAACUCGUUCAGAGCCACCCCGCAAGGUACGUUAGGCUCAGAAGGAAUGUUUGUGAUUUUUCAAAACAUACAUUUAAAGCGGCAGAGGGCUGGGAGCGCGGCGAUUACUGUUGGUUUGAUGCACCUGGUGGGAAUGCAAACCACAGCUGCUAGAACAGCUGCGGAGCCUGCGAUCCAAUUUUAAUCCACUUAACUGCAGGGCAAUCUGUGCCUCUCCUCUUCCUUCCUUCCCGUUCUGACGGCCAAGUUCCAUCUCAGCAGGGCUCAAUUCCUUACCAACUUCUCCAUGCAAUUUGGCUGCCAAAAGUUUCCUCACUUCCCGUCCCCUUUAAAUAAGAAGCAAAGAUUUACAUAAGAACACAAGAAUAGCCCCUCUGUGGCCGCCUCUCCUGGUAUGCCCCACGGAGGACCUUACGGUCCGCAAAUAAUAACAUCUUGGAGGUCCUGAGCCUCAAGGAGAUUAGACUAGCCUCGACCAGGGCCAAGGCCUUUUCGGCUGUGGCCCCAACCUAGUGGAACACUCUGUCACAAGAGACUAGGGCCCUGCGGGAUCUGACAUCUUUAUGCAGGGACUGCAAGAUGGAGCUGUUCUGCCAGGCCUUUGGCCAGGGUCCAGUCUGACUCCCCCAGUCUGACUUCCCCUUUCUCCUUAUAAGAACUUGCAUGAAAAUGGCCCCCCAACUUUUCUCACAGGCUCAUAUAAGAUCAGUAUAAACAGUUAGGCCUGGUGAGCAUUUAGGGUCCCCAUCCCUAAUUUGCGGGUUGCCAUCUGAUUGCAUUUCACUUUGAUUCUGAUUUGAUUUUAGGAUGUAUUUUAAUUGAUUGCUUGAUUUUAUGGUAAUAUGUUAUAUAUUUGAUGUUAGCCGCUCUGAGCCCGGUUUUGGCUGGGGAAGGCGGGGUAUAAGUAUUUUUUAUAUAUUAUUAUUAUUAUUAUUAUUAUUAUUAAUUAUUAUUAUUUUGAUGGCAUUUUACCAUUGUACUGUUGAGAGUGUAUUAACUUACGGUCUGUGUGUGUAGUUUGGGAGCUGCACGGUCAGGGGAAAAACCAUGCUGUCCAGGGUUGUAAAGACUGCUGAGAGAAUAAUUGGGUGCACUCUUCCCACCUUGGAUCAAAUCUAUGCUUCCAGGUGCCAUAAGAAAGCUGCAGAGAUAGCGCAGGAUAGUGCGCACCCCGGAAAUGAUCUCUUUCAGCUUCUGCCUUCUGGAAGAAGGUACAGGGUUAUAAAGACUAGGACUAGCCGCCUGAGAAACAGUUUCUAUCCAAAUGCGAUUUUGGUUUUAAACACAAUGUAAGGAGUCUGUAUGGGAGUAUAUUGUAUUUAAUUAUGGGGUAUCAGAGUUUUAGGGGACUAGCCAGGCUGGAAUAGCUAGGAUAGCAGGCUUGUUGGUUUCUGAAUGUCUGAUGUAGUUUUUUUUCCAAUUUCGUUGUUCUGUAUGGGACAAUCAAUGACAAUAAAGAUUAUUGUAUUGUAUCGUAUUAUUAUUAUGUCCUUCAUGCUGUCCUCACAGGAGCCAAACAGAUUCUCCAAAGGUAAAUCCACAAGCAGGAUUCGAGCAGAAGAGCUCUUUGUCCUCUUGUGGUUCCCAGCAACUGGGAUUCAGAAGCACCGCUGCCUCCAACCGUGGAGCCAGAACAUAGUCAUUGUGGCUGGUAACCAUCAAUAGCCGGCCCCCCUCCAUGGCUUUGUCUAAUCCUCUUUCAAAGCUAUAUAGGUUGGUGAGCAUCCCUGCCUCCUGUGGCAGUGAGUUCCACAGUCCAACUGUGCGCCGCAUGAAGAAGUCGGACAUCCAGCUUCGUUGCAUGCCCACAAGUCUUAGUGAUACGAGGAGAGGGACAAACGCUCCACCUAAAUCUCAUCCAAAAUGGGGUUUGUUUUUUGAGACAUGUACUCUGCACCACCAGCAAAAGCGAAGCCAUAAUUGGCACGUGUCGAUCCAUUAGUUCUUCAGAGGACAGAGCGUGGCCGCGAAGGAGCCUGGAUAAUGAAGUAACUGGGAGCAGGAGCCCGUUGGCCUUCUUAAAUUAGGUGGAUCUGCUGCUAAUUUGCCGCUUUUAACUGCAUUAAAUUCAUUAGCAUGGACCAUUGCACCGACGUGCACUGAUGUUUUGCUUUCUUUCCUGAACAUAACUUUUUAAGAUGGAGCCAGUGUAUACAGCUGCUCAGUGAAGAGAGAGAGAAAUGGGUUCACAAUCGGCAAAGUGAGAGCAAUUCUGGACUCAGGGCUCUGGGCACCAGCCAGCUGUUGCUCUUCAGCAAAGCUUAGGGCCGGAUUGGGCGAUGCCUUCAUUGCUUAUGACAUGCACCUUCUGUGAACUGUCCUGGCAAUGCCCAAAUAUACAGAUGAAUGUCAUGCGAGAAAUGAGUGAUGAUGGAGGAUGAAUCGCAGCAGCUGGUGUGGCUCCUGGGUGCUUUUCAUUCAAUUCCGUGUCCAGUCAAUUCUGUUUCAGUCAAUUCUGUGUCCAGGGCAGCUGUUUAUCAGCUCCAUCUGGUAUGCAGGCUGAGACCCUCCCUGCCCGCGGACUGUCUCGCCAGAGUGGUGCAUGCUCUAAUCUCCUGCUUGGACUACUGCAAUGUGCUCUACGUGGGGCUACCUUUGAAGGUGACCCGGAAACUACAACUAAUCCAGAAUGCGGCAGCUAGACUGGUGACUGGGAGCGGCCGACGAGACCAUAUAACACCGGUCUUGAAAGACCUACAUUGGCUCCCAGUACGUUUCCGAGCACAAUUCAAAGUGUUGGUGCUGACCUUUAAAGCCCUAAACGGCCCUGGUCCAGUAUACCUGAAGGAGUGUCUCCACCCCCAUCAUUCAGCCCAGACACUGAGGUCCAGCGCCGAGGGUCUUCUGGCGGUUCCCUCCCUGCGAGAAGCCAAGUUACAGGGAACCAGGCAGAGGGCCUUCUCGGUAGUGGCACCCACCCUGUGGAAUGCCGUCCCAUCAGAUGUCAAAGAGAUAAACAACUACCAAACUUUUAGAAGGCAUCUGAAGGCAGCCCUGUUUAGGGAAGCUUUUAAUGUUUAAUAGGUUAUUGUAUUUUAGUGUUUUGUUGGAAGCCGCCCAGAGUGGCUGGGGGAACCCAGCCAGAUGGGCGGGGUAUAAAUAAUAAAUUGUUGUUGUUGUUGUUGUUAUUGUUAUUGUUAUUGUUAUUAUUCAGAGCCACAGAUCUUGCUGUUCCCCACCCCCCACCCCAAUAAAAGACAGGGCUGGACUCCUGCCUUCUGAGAGUGCUCAGGGCACCAGGUUGGGGAAGCCUGAGCAAGAGAACUGAGCAGUAAAGUCUUUGGAUCACAGCAAAAGCAGCCGAUCCAUCAGGAGCCUGUGGGCUGCAUCUCAAGGUGGUGCUUGGAAGAUGGAGAGAGCAAGCUUUAAGCAGUUCCAUCUUCUUAAUGAUGCUGCUAAGUUAGCGGCAGUCGAGAAUAACCAUCACCACCCCGCAAGGGAUAAUUCCUCAGAAUGAAAAAGCUCCGUUGCCUCUACCAAACCUGUCCUCCCCCAACCAAUAAAUGGAGGCUAGAAAUCAGAACAUUACAGCUACUGACGCUGGACUUUGGGACUCUGCAAGGUGAGAACCUGGAAGGAAACGUUCCAUAAUAAGAUGCCGUCAUGUCGCCGAAUUUGAGUCCCCACCUGUAACCUAUUAAAAGCUAGGAGGGUUGUGUUGUACCUCCAGUCACUGUUACUCUGAAUUCUCAAUCGAUGUGUCUUCAAAUACAUUUGAGCUUUGCCAAAAAUUUCCACAGAGUGAAGAUUUUGCAUGUCGUGACUGUUUGGCACCACUUUCUAUGGUUGCCAUGCCUGUCAGCUGAGGAUAAUGCCUUGCGCAUCUGUUGAAAUGGAUGUUAGUUCUCAAAGGUUUGCACCACGAUAAAUCAGAAAGGUGUUUUCGCUGCAUCGGGCUUCUUCUUCAAACCUCCCCCCUCCCUCAUCUUCCUUCUCCUUGUUAUGUUACCACCUUUCACAUAAAUUUCAAUGUCAUACCCUAAAAACAACUAAAAAUAGGUAUAACCAGAAUCCACACCCCCCCCCAAAAAAAACCCUGAUAGAUUUAAACAGGGGCAGACUUUGUCUUUUCAAAUUUAAGCGGCGCUCCUUGCGAGGUGAAAAUUUAGCUCCUCUCUGUUUCUCGCCUUCUGUUCGGCUCAAUUUACUAUGUCAUCAUUGUCCGGGGCGGGGGAACCAGUCGUGCUGCCCUAAAUCCACCUCUGGUUUAAAAACAAUACAAAUAAAAAGGCCCAAAGCCUCAGAGAUCUAACUUUCUCUUUUCAUCCUGCUGGAAAAGCUUGCCAAACAAAGGCGUCUUCCAUUGUUUCUGUUAUGUUACUAAGCUUGGAUCCUAGAACGAUAGACAAGUAGGAUCCUAGAAGGCAGCAACUGAUUGGCUUGCAGGAAAAGACCAAUCAGGCUCCAGGAGGAAGUUGAUCAGCCUAUUAGGCUGGUAGGAUCGUAGAACGGAUUGGCCUGCAGGAAAAGACCAAUCAGGCUCCAGGAGGGAAGCAGAAUCAGCCAAUCAGACGGGACUCAUUGUGUAAAUAGUGUACAGUGGUACCUCUGGUUGUGAACGGGAUCUGUUCCGGAGGCCCCUUUGCAACAUGAAAAGAGCGCAACCCACAGCGGUGUGUCUGCACACGUGCGGGUUGGGAUUCGCCGCUUCAGUGCAUGCCUGUGACGUCAUUUUGCGGUUCUGCAUAUUCGCGAGCAGCAAAACCCGGAAGUAACCCUUUCCGGUAUUUCCAGGUCACCGCGGGACGUAACCUGAAAUAAUGUAACAUGAAGCGGACGUAACAUGAGGUAUGGCUGCAUAUAAAAGCCUGAGGUUUGGGGGGCAAUUCAAUCACUGUUUUACAAGCUGCAAUGUUGUUGUUGUCUAGUCGUUUAGUCAUGUCCGACUCUGGAAAAGGUUCAGGGAACCCAAAUGAUGGAGGGAAUACUGCCAGUGUUUGAAAGAAAAAAGGUUCUGACCUCCUUUUUACUCCUUUGCCUAGUCCUCAGACCUUUUUGUUGUUGUUGUUGUUUAGUCAUGUCCGACUCUUCGUGGCCCCCUGGACCAGAGCACGCCAGACACUCCUGUCUUCCACUGCCUCCCGCAGUUUGGUCAAACUCAUGCUGGUAGCUUCGAGAACACUGUCCCACCAUCUUGUCCUCUGUCAUCCCCUUCUCCUUGUGCCCUCCAUCUUUCCCAACAUCAGGGUCUUUUCCAGGGAGUCUUCUCUUCUCAUGAGGUGGCCAAAGUCUUGGAGCCUCAGCUUCACGAUCUGUCCUUCCAGUGAGCACUCAAGGCUGAUUUCCUUAAGAAUGGGUAGGUUUGAUCUUCUUGCAGUCCAUGGGACUCUCAAAAGUCUCCUCCAGCACCAGAAUUCAAAAGCAUCCAUUCUUCGGCGAUCAGCCUUCUUUAUGGUCCAGCUCUCACUUCCAUACAUCACUACUGGGAAAACCAUAGCUUUAACUAUACAGACCUUUGUUGACAAGGUGAUGUCUCUGCUUUUUAAGAUGCUGUUUAGGUUUGUCAUUGCUUUUCUCCCAAGAAGCAGGCGUCUUUUAAUUUCGUGACUGCUGUCACCAUCUGCAGUGAUCAUGGAGCCCAAGAAAGUAAAAUCUCUCACUGCCUCCAUUUCUUCCCCUUCUAUUUGCCAGGAGGUGAUGGGCCCAGUGGCCAUGAUCUUAGUUUUUUUGAUGCUGAGCUUCAGACCAUAUUUUGCGCUCUCCUCUUUCACCCUCAUUAAAAGGUUCUUCAACAAGCUGCAAUAAAGAGCAUGAAAUCACUACAGGACUCCGAGUAUAUUUCAGUUUCCAAAAACUGCACCAAGUGGGGCACCUCUCGUAUUUUCGUAUGGAUGCUGUUCUGCAGAACAGGGUCAGCCAGACUGAAAGCCCCCGAUGUGGCCAUUACACUGGGAAUCAUUUUCUCUCAAGGUGCUGCAAGUUUUGCACCCGGGACUGAGUUUUUCAACACACCUGACUUUCCUUCGGGAUGCUCCCUUAUGCUGAGUCAGAUCUUUGGUCCAUCUAAAUCAGGCCUGGCCAAACUUGGCCCUCCAGAUGUUUUGGUACUACAACUUCCAACAGAACCAGUGGUCAGGGGUGAUGGGAAUUGUAGUCGCAAAACAUCUGGAGGGAAGCAGAUGCUGUUCUGUUGACCAACAUGCCUGGACAGGAAACCUGAGCAGUGCUUUCCUCCAUUCAGCUUCUAGCCCAUCCACUCUUGUCUCCUUUUCCCUCUGCCAGGUCCUGGACAACCUAGACAGCCACCUGAAGAAAUCUGAGUAUUUCCGUUUCCUUUGGUUCCCUCACACUGAGAACGUGAGCGUCAUCUAUCAAGACCACACCAACAAGGUAAGUCGAUGCUCAGGUGGCCAGCAGAAAGGACCGUAAAGUCUUUUUUUUGGGGAGGGUGGAAGGAAUUGAAAGAAGGGAUUAUAACUCCACAGGUCACUAUGCUCCAUCAGAUGUCAAGGAGAUAAAGGACUACACAACUUUUAGAAGACAUCUGAAGGCAGCCCUGUAUUGGGAAGUUUUUUUUUUUAUUAUGCAUUAUAUUCUGCUGGAAGCUGCCCAGAGUGGCUGGGGUAUAAUAAUAAUAAUAAUAAUAAUAAUAAUAAUAGGCAUAAACUGAGGCAACCUCCAGCCCACAGGCCAAAAUUGCUUCACCAGGCCUCUCCAUUUGGCCUGCAAGGCUGUUUUGCCCAGACCAUUCCCACCCGCCCUGCACCUCACAUUAUAUGUCACACCAGGUGUUUGGUACGCAGAGAGGUGGCUGCUUUCUCUGCAGAAAUCAGGAUCGAAACAUGCACAGCCGUCCAUCAGGUGACAUGUAGGAGUUGAACCCUGCUCAGUUAGUGUCUCCUUGCCAAACUUGAGACACAGCUUUAACAGCUGGAUGGGAUGGUAUCAGGGGAUCAACAGGUGGAUAGGACCACCCACCUGUCAAUCAGCUGAUGUCAUAGUGAUGCCAGGUGACAGACAGGUCGUUGGUCCAAGGGAUGGAGGGAAGUAAAUAUCUGCCCCCCAACCCCCAAGGCCUAAGAAGGAUCCCUACUCCUGGCAUAGGGGGUCUUCCUGGAGCUGCCUGAUAGCGGUGGGUGUGAUUGCCCCCCCCACUCUCCCACAUGAAUACACACAAGCACAGCAUCCUGCACAGCUGAUUCAUGCAGAUCAUCCCUGCUCAUCAAAAGAUCAAUCUGAUGACCAGAGAGGGGAAGAUUUGGUUCCUCAUCAGGACCCUGGGCUGACCAGAGAGCAGUUUUAAGCUCACCGCCUUGCCCUCUGUGGGAAUGUUCAGGGUGGCAGGAGCGGAUAUAUUGUUUAUUAAUAUCCUUCCUUUCUUGCACUACCAAGUUACUUUACUUAGCAGAGUUUACAUUCCCCUUCUAACAUGCACAGCAGAUAGCUGGUUGCAGGCUCGUGUGAGCCUCUCACUAUUAUACAAUUCAGUCUGUCUCAGAUUGAAUUGUAUGUUCCUGGUAAGUUCCCUUGAAUCCCUCUUUAAAAAUAAAAAUGCCACAAUCUUAUUCAAAGUCAAUAAAAGGAGUUUACUCACAUCAGUUCAUAGUUGGAUUCCUGAAGGCAGACUUAGUUACAGAUAUGUACAUGUGGAUCUACCCCAUAUGGGGGAAUAAUCCCAGUGCUGCCGCUAGCUGAGAGCUGGUCCAACGAAGAAGGGAGUCAAAAAGAGGGAAGGGCCUUGUGACUCGUCCUUUUGUUACCUGGACAGGUAAGAUCAUGCCCACCUUCUAUCACAUGCAAAAGGAAGGAUGCUCCAGCCAGGAGGAACAGGAAGUUUCGACUGGCUAGAUCAAACAUUCCCUCGCAUGUCCACUCUAGGAAAACAAGGAAAUCAUGGAUCACAUCCCACACCCUCCCCAUUGCUAGGUCUGUGUUUUGUAUGGGUGUUUCACCGUUGCCACCCAAAUCGGUGGAGUCUCAGGGCAGGGGGGGAUGUAAACUACAUGGCUGGGGGCUGAUCUGGGCCAAGGUUUUGAAGGUCACAUUUUCCCUGUUGGGCAAUGUCUGUAGCCUGUCUCUCUCCCGUCUUACAUGUCUUUGCAGCCUCCUGCUUCCUCUGCCAGCUGGUUUUGGGACUACGUGAUCGGAUACUACCUGCUGGAGUUCCUCCUUUGGGUCAGGUGAGAUUCAGCGUGCCUUGGCAAGGCAUUCGUGUGGGAAGGACCACAGAUUUCAAAGAAGCUGCUUGGUGGGAGGUUGAAGGUCAAAGGCUGGCAAAUGAAGCUUGCUGACUUACAAUCACACCCUACGUUCAGAAUCUCAUCUUUGGCCUGAAACUCUGUCUGGUCCUUCCAUUAUUCCAGAGCAGGUUAGGGGGGCAAUGUGUGCAGUUGUUCUGCCAUCUUGUGGGCAGCAGCUGAAAGGACACACUCUCUGGCAUGGGUUUGGGAGAGAAAGCCACAAAUCCAGAAGCCAUUGACCCCAAUGGCCUGAUAACUGUUGGCUGGUGGUGGUUUCCUGCAAGAUGCAAUCACAGAUUGACUUAAUAGGAAGGGGCACCAGGAACCAGCAAGUCAAACUCCUGUGGCGUUUUAUUUUAUGCAAUAAAUGUGGGCUGUUUAAAGACGGGUGCUUCAAGCAUUGUACUGAGGCAAGAAGGAGCAAGAAGGAGAAGUGUCAUUGUUUUGAAGACGUUGAUUGAAGACGGGAGGGAGUUCCAUAGGUUAACUAUGCUAGAUGGUCCAAGAUUAUUGCAGUAGAGCGUGUGCAAAAUCUACUAGAUAUGCAAUCGAAAGCAUCUGUCUCUGAGCUGCAGAAGCAGCAUGGAAUUCAUUCUGCUGGAGAAGCUGUGUGCGAGCAAAGGCCUUGCUUUGGUAUCAACAGCGUCUUAGCAGCGCCCUCUGUGUCCAUGCAAAGAGGCUACUGCUUGUAGCUGACUCACUUCCCUAGUUGCUAAGGAAAAAGCUGCCGGGGGCUUCUGCAAGGGGAGGUGGGAUGCCCUUGAGGCCCCUCCUCAUCCUAGAGGGCACUGCUCCCAUCAAAGCACAUAGUUAAACUAUGGAACUCCCUGCCACAGGAGUCAGUGAUGGCCACCAACUUAGAUGGCUUUAAAAGAGGAUAGGACAAAUUCGUGGAGGAGGAGAGGGCUAUUGGUGGCCACUAGCCAUUCUGGCUAUGCUAUGCCUCCACGGUCAGAGGCAGAAAUGCUUUUGAAUACCAAUUGCUGGAAACUACAGGAGGGGAGAGGGUCCUUGUGCAUGAAUCCUGUGUUGUAAACAAAAAUCUGCCCUUUUUUCCCUAAUGGGGGUAUCCAAGAGCCCAUAUAGAGUCCUUACGUAGGUUCCCUAUUGGUAGGAGAAAAUAACAGAGGCCAACCAGAGAAUAUUGAGAAGCAAAGCAGCUAGUAAGCCUGAUCUUUAUUGAUCUGUUGCAACAGGGUCCUCACUCACCACACGCAGGAGGUGGGAGGAACCCAGAACAAAGGUGUGCCUGCCCUUGUAUAGACAUUUUAAAUUCCCUGCCCUGGAGCUCCAGACCACCCCUCCAUACAUCAUACAUACAUCACAGAAGGGGUGUAACCUAAGACCACCCCCCAGAUACAUCAUACGUACAUCACAGAAAAGGCGGUCUACAGCAGAAAUCUGAGUGCAUUGUUUAUCUCGUUUGACAGGUUACCUGUUAAUGGUCACUUGAUUGGAUUGCCUGGGGAGCCUGGCCAGUCUUUUGUAAUGAUAAAUAGCCUGAGCCAGGUCACAGCCUCACACCCUAUUCAUAUCUUAAAUGUGCCCUUAAGGCAGGAUUUGUGAAGGAAAAGACAACGGGGAGGCUUUUCCAUUUUCCUUUGACCUUGCAGAGAAAACAUUUGGUCAGUUUGGGAAUCAAAAAUGGUUUCAGGUCAGUCUUCCUGUGCUGAUCUAUGUACGUGCUUGGUUGGUACACUUAUGAACAUUUAACAUAUAUCUAAGACCUCAAAAUUCCUAUCACGCUUGCUUGUGGGUUUCCCAAAAGCAUCUGGCUGACUAAUGACCUGAUCCAGGAAGCUCACCUUAGUUUCUUAUAUACAGGCACAAUCCCAGCUACUCUCCUUUCAAAGUCCGGGCUUCCCAUUCAGGGCCGAGAUCGCUCUGGAGAAGAAGCUGUUCUUAAGACGGCUCGUUCUUGUCUUCAUCGUCCUGUAUCUCCGUCCCGACGGCAAGAGCUCGAAGAGACAGUGACCAGGAUGCGAUGGAUCUUUUACUAUGUCCAGUGCCUUCCUAUGGCACCUUGUGGCAUAAAUCUGCUCUAAGGUGGAGAGUGGGCAGCCAACAAUGCUCUCUGCUGCCUUAACAACCCUGCACAACCCCAUCCUGUCCUGGGUAGUACAGCUUCCGUACCACACACAUAAGCCAUAAGUGAGCACGCUCUCAAUGGCACAGUGAUAGAAGGCAAGCAGCAGUUUCUGCGGAAGAUGGUUUUCCUUAGUAUUCUCAAAAAGUACAGUCUCUGCUGCGCCUUCUUCACAAGCCCCCUUGUUUUGACACUCCAGGACAGAUCCUCUUGUAAUUCAAUGCCCAAAAAAAGGGGAGAAGGAAGGGUCAGCCCAUGUUCCCUGUAUCCGAAUUCCCACCCACCUCGGAUUUCUGCCCAUCUGACUUCCACCUUGUCCUCUCCUCCUCUUCCUCCUCCAUCAGCACAUUCCUGCCCUGCCUGGUUCCCUGGAUCAACCGCUUCUUCUUCUGGCUCCUCUUCACCGGAAAAGUGGAGAACGUCAACUUGAGCUACAAGAUAUUCAACUACGAGUGCCGCUUCAAGCAGCACGUGCAGGAUUGGGCCAUCCCUAUGUAAGCUGAUUCGACCUCGUGUACGGAGGGUUGGAAGAAUAGGGCUGAUUCCAGGAUGAUCAGGGCUGGGGUGGGUUUUCACAUGUGAAAUUCAGGUUGCAGUUGUCUCUGCAAUUUGAAUGAUGUUGUGGGUUUGGGGCACCAGUCUGCAUGAAGCCCUGAGUGUCUUCAAAUCCUUGGGGUCCUGUACCCAGGUAGUGUUAGAAUUUAAGAAAGGAGGUUGCUGGCCAAGUUUCUUUGUUAGGCAACGACCUUAGCUGGCCACUCAAAUAUCCUCAUCAGCAUCCCAAAAGGAUGAGCCAGGUUGCUAUAACUAAAUGAUGGGGCCCUUUGGGAUAAUGGGGUGGCAGCUUCCCUCCACCCCCUCACUUAGCUGCUAGGUAGGAGAACAUGAGUUUUGGGGUGUGAGAUGAACUGGAAGCUGGAAACACAGAGAUUUGCUUGCUUAGUGUUGGAGUCAUAGCUGUGUCCAACGGAGAAGCAAGAUCUGUUGGGGUGUCAAUGCUCUGAGCCCCUUCAUCUUUGGCUCCGGUAGCUAAAGGUAAAGGGACCCCUGACCAUUAGGUCCAGUCGCGGAUGUCUCUGGGGUUGUGGUGCUCAUCUCGCUUUACUGGCCAAGGGAGCCGGCGUACAGCUUCCGGGUCAUGUGGCCGGCAUAAAAAAGCCACUUCUGGCGAACCAGGGCAGCACACGGAAACGCCAUUUACCUUCCCACCAGAGUGGUACCUAUUUAUCUACUUGCACUUUGACGUGCUUUCAAACUGCUAGGUGGGCAGGAGCAGGAACCGAGCAACGGGAGCUCACCCCGUCGCGGAGAUUCAAACCGCCGACCUUCUGACCGGCAAGCCCUAGGCUUUGUGGUUUAACCCACAGCGCCACCCGCGUCUCUAUGUAUGGGUAGAUAAAACCAAAUAUCCUAAAAACACCACAGUCUGUGCUGACCAAGGAAACAGAACCUGGGUAAGCACCGGGAACCCCUGGAGUCUCUCACCGCUUGGAGAUUGGGGUUGGCGUGCAACAAUAUAUUUAACUAACUCGGUAGUCAGGGUCUUGCUCUUAAUAUAAAGCAGGCAAGACAGUGAGCAAUGCUGGAAGGCGGCUGCUCUGGAGCAAGGAUAGGGGCUCAUCUCUGGUUCUGACAGGAGGACCAAGACCUGACUCCUUCAGGACCUUGGAGAGUUCCCAAGGGAAGAAAGGGACUUCCAAAAAAAAUGAUCAAAGUCCAUUUGAGUGUCUUAAGCCAGGGAUGGAGAACCUUCAUCCUGGGUGCCACAAAUCUCCAGGCCGGCAGCUUACCGCAGUUCCUUGUGAAAGGGAGGGAGGCAUUGACCGUUACACCCAUUUGGGUGUAAUCCCCUUGCACAAGAUCUCCACGGCGUUGGGUCUUUUCGUACAAUCUCCUCACAGUGAGAAAACGAAGGAGGCUCUUCUGGAGCUGAAGGGGGUUCUGGAAAGCAACCCCAAAGUGGUGGCCCACUACCCAGUGGAAGUGCGCUUCACCCGGGGAGACGACAUCUUGCUGAGCCCCUGCUUCCGAAGGGACAGUUGCUACAUGAACAUCAUCAUGUACAGGUAAGAGGAGUCGGGUCCAGGCGGGUCCAGGCGGGUUGCCUGAUGGGUAUUGGAGGAUAAGCCUACUGCUGGCCUCUAGCAGUGAUGGCUGUUCUCUGCCUUCACGGUCAGAGGCAAUAGCGCUUCUGACUACCAGCAGCAAGAGGAGAGAGGUCUCUUGUGCCUGGUUUCUGCUUGUGGACAUCCCACGGGCAUCUGGUUGGUGGUGGUGAGGACCAGAGGAGCCUAACAGUGGAUCAAUGAGGCAGAAGCUAAAUAUUAGCGAUCGGGCAGCUGAUGUCCUCAGGCUUAACAUCUAAAAGGCACGACCCCAAAAGGAAAAGGGCUUGGCAAGGAGGAAAAACUCUUCCUUGGUUGGCAUUCCUGUAACGGCCAGCUAGAAUGGAAACAUUUGGAGACAAGCUAUAGAACUCCCAUUCAGCGCUCAGCUAUGUUGUUCCACAACGGAGAGUAAAGUUCAGCUUAUUUUUUUAUCCCGUUCAGGCCCUAUGGGAAAGAUGUCCCGCGCCUUGACUACUGGCUCGCCUACGAGAGCAUCAUGAAGAAGGUUGGAGGGAGACCUCACUGGGCAAAGGUACGAAGGUGGGGGCAGUGUUCAUAGAACUGUAGAGUUGGAAGGUAUACCCAAAGGUCAUCCAAUCCAACCCGCUGCAGUGCAGGAAUCACAGCUAAAGAAUCCCUGGCAGAUGGCCAUCCGAUUUCUGUUUAGAAAGCUCCCAGUAAUUAAUUAAUUAUUAUAAUAAAAUUAAUUAAAUAUUUCUACCCCGCCCAUCUGGCUGGGUUUCCCCAGCCACUCUGGGCGGCUUUCAACAGAACAUUAAAAACAGAACAAAACAUCAAACGUUAAAAACUUCCCUAAACAGGGCUGCUUUCAGAUGUCUUCUAAAAGUGAGAUAGUUGUUUAUUUCCUUGACAUCUGAUGGGAGGGCAUUCCACAGGGCGGGCGCCACCACCGAGAAGGCCCUCUUCCCUGGUUCCUUAGUGUCCGGGCAGAACGAUGGGGCUGGAGACGCACCUUCAAGUAUACUGGGCUGAGGCCGUUUAGGGCUUUAAACGUCAGCACCAACACUUUCAAAUGUACUGGGAGCCAGCGCAGGUCUUUCAGGAUCGGUGUUAUAAGGUCCCGGUGGCCAUUCCCAAUCACCAGUUUCCAGGUCACCUUCAAAGGUAGCCCCAAGUAGAGUGCAUGGCAGUAGUCCAUGAGGUGAAAGAGAGUCCACCACCUUCUGAGGGAGUCUGUUCCACUGUUGAACAGAAGUUACCAUCAGAAAGUUCUUCCUAAUGUUUAGCCAGAAUCUCCUUUCUUGUAUUUUGAAUCUAUUGCAAGAAAGGAGGUUCUGACUAAAUAUUAGGAAUAAGUCCCGUUAGUGCAAGGAUUUCCACCUGCAAUGGGGUUUUCUCCCCCUCACCCUGGGCACAUCCUACACCUUCCCCAAAUCUGGAGGGUUGGGGGAACCACUUGGACCUGCCCCACUAGUCCUGAUCUGGGGAAAAGGAGGGAUAUAAUGAUGAUAAUAAUUACUAUUAUUAUAUAUAAGGAUGGGGGCAGGGGAAGAUUGUGUGCCUUUUUAUUUUUGCAAAUUUCUUCAGCGAGGUGUCUUAAUUUUGGAAUGUGAGGAAUUCAAAUCAGCUAUUUUUGUACUUGGACAACAUUUAGUUUGGUACAUUUACGUUUGAUGAAGCAGCACAUAAACCGCUUUCAGACCUCCUAAACAUUUCAGGUGAUGCUAAAUAAUAACAAUAUUAAUAAACACCACGACUGCAAGUACUUGGCCAUUUAACCGAAAUAUCCUUUUUAUUCCCAAGUCAUGUUACAUCUUUUUAGCACCCCUCAUUUCAGGAGGUUGAAAAAUUCAACACUCCCUAGAGGAGGUUGCAGCUGGGGAAGGAAUAGUAAAACCUCCUUGUUUGCCGUGGCCACAUACGCAGACCAAAAAUUUAAAAAAAUCACCAUCCCACAGGAACUAGGCUUUGUAAUAAACCUUUGUGGAUGUCAAUGGGAUUCUUUUUGACGCCCCAGUGAUGUAAAAGAACAAAAGAGGGGAGGCAGAUGGGAAGAAGAGGGAGUUGAGAGCAUGGAAUAAAUACAACCCAGGUGGUUAAGAAAGCCCAAAAGAGACUCCAUCUCCUCAGAAUAUUGCAAAAGAAUGAUGUCAAUCAACAUUUGAUGAUCUCCUUCUACCGGUCAACAAUAGAAAGUGCCCUUUCAUACUGCAUCACGGUGUGGUACGCUGGUUUGACAUCAUCUGAUAGGAAGUGCCUACAGAGGGUGGUGAAUACAGCACAAGAUAUUAUGGGCUGCCCCAUUAAUCCGCUGGAUGAAAUACAGUGGUACCUUGGGUUAAGUACUUAAUUCGUUCCAGAGGUCCAUUUUUAACCUGAAAUUGUACUUAACCUGAAGCACCACUUUAGCUAAUGGUGCCUCUUGCUGCUGCCGCGCCGCUGGAGCACGAUUUCUGUUCUCAUCCUGAAGCAAAGUUCUUAACCCAAGGUACUAUUUCUGGGUUAGUGGAGUCUGUAACCUGAAGCGUCUGUAACCCAAGGUACCACUGUAGCGGAAGAAUGUUGCCCCAGAAGAGUGAGGAAAAUUCUCAAGGAUGAUUAUUCACACCCUGGCCGGCACUUUCUUGAUCUCCUGCCCUCGGGCAGAAGAUAUAGAAGCACGAUUAGUUGCACCAACAGGGUAAAGAACAGCUUCUAUCCUGGGCUGUUAGGCUGCUGAAUGAAAAGAUAACAACAGGGCAACUGAUUUUCGGGUUUGGUGGGUGUGCGUCAGUAAACGAGGGGAAUUAAGACUAAGAGAGCUGAGUGGGGGGUGCUGGCGUAAUCUCACUGUACACAAGUUGUACAAGUGACAGUAAACUAUUUCAAUUUCAAUUGGUGUGCCUGUGAAGUGGCUCUGCCCCGCCCACUCUCAAUAUAGGCCCCACCCACUCUCAAUAUAGGCCCCGCCCACCACUGACAUGCUCGCCCUGCAAGGUUUCCGACCAGGGAACAUGCCUCUCAGACUGAAAAGUCUCCACCCACCCAAUACAGACCCACAUAGAGGGAGGAAGGGCACUUUCGUAAAACCGGUUCUCUGCCCACAGGCCCACACGUGCACUCGGAAGGACUUUGAGAAGAUGUACCCUGGCUUCCAGGAGUUCUGCUCCAUCCGGGAGAAGCUGGACCCCAGAGGGAUGUUCCUGAAUGCCUACCUGGAGAAGGUCUUCUACUGAGAGGUGACCUGGAGAAGUUGGUGGCGGCGGAGGAACCUCUCGUGUGGGCAGUGGUUCUCAAAGUGGGUGGCAG